GCUCCUCAGCAGAAAUGGUAACUGGGCUGCGUUUGAAGAGAGCCCAGUAUUACUUUGAGAGCAUCAAACACGAAUUUUAAGAAGUUUAAGAAGAGUACUUUUUCUUAGUAAGUUAUGUUUUGACCGUUGGGGCGUUGGGAUACAUUGACUCCAGCUCGGUGGAUUUUAAGUGCGGAGACCUGUUGCAUACCUUGCCCGCUUGCCUCGCCGCGUAUUCAACCCAAGAUGUUGCUUUGUGGAUGGGAUGGCCUCCUGUCCCGUCUGUGUGCGCUCUCGUAGCCUCGCCGGAGUACGAGUAUUUCCCUUUAAAGUGAUUUUUUAGCCCUUUCCGCCUGGUAAGUAACAUUUUAAGUACUUAAAAACUAAGUGAAACUCUUGACUGCGUUGCUGCAGACAAACUGAAGCGACCUGUUGGCAGCAAUUGUCCCCGGGAAAAUGAGUUUGUAAUGUCUGGGCUCAGACGUCGACGUUUCUUACACAUCCAAAACGUUUUUGGAGAGCUUUUCGUGUUAGUUAUGGAGCCUGUGUCGACUGAAAUAAAUUUACUAACUUAGCAACAAUAGGCUACUGCUCUUACAAUGAUAUGAAACUGGUCAUCCUCUCAAGUGAAGUUUAGGAGGAAUAUCUAACGACCUAACCCACUCCUUCAAAGUUCAUCUUCAACCUGAGCAACUUUGUGGUGUUUUCAACAGUGAAUUUGCUGUUGUGUUAGUAAAGACUGAAGGAUUUAUGGGGUUGUUAAGGAGGUAUUUGCAGGGGGAGAUCCAGGGGUGGCCAUGGGUGGCUUCAGCCCCUCAUAAUAUCUGAGUGAUGACUACAUGGUGGUGUUCAGUCCUGAAUCCCAGUCUUGACACACCAGAACAGCCCUUUGAGAUGCAAUUCCAACUCUGAAACUCGAUAAACAGCUUUAACCUGAAGUUUGAAUCUCAGUGUGGUUGCUACCAGCAGCAACAGAUGUAUAUUUGGUGUUUAUUAGCAACUAAAUCAAUCCCAUGGGUAGUUUUGUGCAGGUUCUUUCUGUAGACGUGUUGUUUCGGUGCGUUUGUGUGUUGUCAUUUUCUAGUGUUAGCUAAAAGUGGCGACAACAACAGCAGCUGAUGGCUUGACAACUUUCCAGUGUGUAUUUGGAAGGUGUUCAACUCAAAUGUCAUUCCCAUAUGCCUUGAUAUCAAACUCUCAAGGCAUAUUGGACACACUGUACGAUUGCCCACCGAACAUCGGAGAGACAUGCAGAUCAAGUCAAUAUUGGUUUGGUCUGUCGAAGACCACAUCUAGACGUCAGUGCAAUGUGCCAAAAAGGUUAUUGCGCGUCAUGUGAACGUCCGAUUUGGAGGUCCAUAACAUGUCAGGAUUGGACGUCCAUUUGACACCCGAAAAACAUGUAAAAAGACCUUUAACCUUCAGGAGACCUGAUUUAAACGGCAAAAAAUGACAUUAAAUACACGUCAUUUCGAUGUCGCAUUGCGCAGUGGCCGGCUGUUUACCUUGUCGGAGGCGAGAGAAAUUGAUUAUUAUUUGGGCUGUGUUUCAAAAACCUAAGUGGCUAUACUAGGCUCUGUUUAGAUAAGAACAGCCCUUUUAAAAAUGAAAAGGUAAUUCCUUUACGCUGUUAAAAUCUGCAUACAUGUGACAAUAUUGUGAAAUGUGGAUCUGCAAAGAUGAGUAGUUGGUGACUUAACUUUUUAAUGACACACCACUGAAAAAUACACCUGUGCAGAAAAGUGGUCUUAAAGUUCUCCUUAUUUUGAUGGGCAUGUUGCCCCUCGUUUGUUAUCUUAAAGUUGAAAGAGCAGACUUUUACAUACUCUAUAUACUUAAAAUGUUGAAGUAGGUAUUGUUUGUGGAGCUAUGAGUAACUUUAUGCCACCCUUGCAUUAGCUAGUGCCCCGCGUACCUCACCCCAGUCAAGAAAGUCCAGAUCAGUCCUUGGGCAUUUGUACCCCUCCCCCUUCAUUAUCAUAGAAAAGCAGUCAAGUUAACUGAGAGUCAAAGGUCAUGAGGGUUUUGAAUAUUUCACCCAAGUCUAAACAGGAAGGUGGUUUCUGUGAUUGAGCAAGAUGUACACCCCCAUCUAAAGUGGUUGUGAUGGUGUGAGCAUCAUCAUAGGAGAAAAUGGGGAAAUAGUCAGUGGGUUGGGUUAAUGUGUGCUGGGGAGGGGGGAGGUAGGGAGUUGGAGUGAGGUUUUGAAAAACCAUGCUCUGCAUGUCACGGUACUCAUAGCAACCCUGUGAUUAACAGAAAUGGAGCGGAUGAGGUGGAGACUGAAAUGAAAAGUGAAGGCCGUUGGUCCAAAGCUGGGCUGAUAAUCAUGGAAUAGUCGUGGCUGUGUUUUCUGGCUGGUCCCUGAGUCGGGCUGAGCAGAAAAACAAAAAAUCCAACACCCAGGGUGGCUUAUUGGGUGAAAAAACAAGUCCACAGCUGAAAGAUACCUCACUCAGCAUGGCAACAGCCAGGAUUUUGUCCAAUAACAUAAUGUUUAACACAUUGUCAGAUAUUCUUGGAAAGUGUGUUGGCUGAUUGACACAACUGUAUCCAAGCUAGAAAAACCAUUGGGUGUUCCCUUUUUAGGUGAGUCACUGCCUCUGCUCUGUUCCUGCUACUGUUUUCUUUACAUGCGGCUUUAAAAAGACACAGCUGUGACUGACAACCUCUCUGCUCAGAACAGAUACUCAAGUGCCAUGUAUUCACGGUGAGAAAAGAAAGAGGUUCUUCAACUCUGUGUCUCCGGUUUAUCAGCAUAGUAGCACACAAUCGGGUUUCGGUUUUCUGUAUGUACGCUGAAACAUCAGUCUUUACAUCAUCUGCUCUGAUGCUUAGAAAAAGUUCCUGAUCCAGGCCUUCCUAGACACCGGGUGUGUUUUGAGUUUGAAUCCUAAGCUUGCAAGCUGCAUAUGAUUCUGGGAAUAAAGGUUCACUCAGAGUUUGUUGUUGAUUUUUCCUGGCAUGGAUGACUUCAAGAAGAUUUUCACCCCAUUGUUGGCGCACAGCACCUCCUCUCAACAAGCUUCUGUUCCAAAUGUGUUUGCCAGCUGAGACCACAUCUCUGAUGUUUGGAGGAUAUGAACAAAUUCCUUCUUGUAUCUAAUGUUACGAGUUAUAUUUUGGGAAUCUGGGGAUCUGCUGUUUUUAUAAGAGAUUGCUUCAGAUGUGCAGCCCUUUUAGUGUUUUAAGAUUUGAUAUGAAAGAGGAGGAUAAAGGAUAAAGAUGUAUGUGCUUCCUGAUCUUUAUGGUCCUUGCAAAUGUGAAGGGAUGAGCGCACUUAUAGAAAGAACGCUGCAACAGAACUUCUGUACCUCUCCAGCAUGGCUUACCCGACUGCUGUGCAAUUUUUCAGGGGAUUGUUUUUAAAUCCAUUUCAUGAGUUGUAGCUGUGUCACUGACAGGAAGGUGGGAGGAAAGGAAAAGCUUCUCUUAAGUGCAGAGUAAGGAGCACUAUCACGUUUCCAGGAUUAUUUUCUUUAAGUUCUUGUGACUGAGGCCAAGACUUUCAAACACUUAGCAGCAGCAGCACACUAAGCCAUGUUUAGGUUUUUUCUCUCUCUCUCUCUUGCUAUAGUGUGGGAAUACCUGGGAACAAACAUCCCCACUGUUUGAAAAAGAAAAAGAGAAUGAGGCGCUGAAGUGGUGAAGGCUGUCUGCUCUCGCUGUUUUGGGCCGCUGCCUCCUAAGCCCCCUCAAUAAUGAGCGGGACCAUAGUCCAAUGUGAGAGGAGCUGGCCCGCACAGCAGCCUCAGUGCGGAUAAAAAACAUUCCACUGUAGGUCUCUGUUGAAAUAACAAGGGCCACAAAACAAUCAGUCUUCACAGCACCCGCUCUCCCCAUUCUCAUGGGUAAUGAGCAAGAUGGGUAGUAACCCACUUUGCCCAAGCCUUCACGCCUCCCAUUGACUAGAAUGGCUAACCUGCAUUCCUGCAUAAACAUUUAGGCCUGUGACAUGCUUACUCAUUAACUCUCUUCUACAAACUGAGAUUCACAGAAAGGACGUUGUUUCACAUAUUACUUUCAGAGAUGAAGCCUGACACUAAUGAGACUGCUGACCUGGUUCAUGCCACAAUGCUAAAAUGUCGCUCAUUUUGCUGCACAAGACAAAAACUAAUGCUGCUCAUCAGUCCACUACUUUUAGUCUGAGAUAUGUACAGUAGUUGGAAAAAUGCAAAAAUAUCACUACCCUUUCAGAGAUGUUCCUAGGUGACUUAUUUCUUUGUUUUUCAACAAUGAUUUUGAUUCUAGAUUUUGACUAACCCAAUAGUCUAAAACUUGAGAUACAACAACAACAAGACGGUCAAAAAUGAGUGCAGGUUAUUGUAUCUAGGGCUGUCCUGAUAUGAUAUUGAUAUCGGAUAUCGGUCUGACAUCAGCCAAAAAACAAAUAUCGGCCUACAUCUAAAACCUCCGAUGUCAGCACUCCGAUACACGCAGUCCAUUCUGGACUCCACUCCGGCACCUGUAGCUAGCAGAGCCCGGAUCCAGCACAUGAUCACAACAACGGUGUGUGCUAAGCUACGAACAAAGUAGCGAGGAGUAGGAGUGUGGCAGUAUUUUUGUUAAAGUCUGAAAAAGACUUAUCAUGCACAGGUUUGUGCCAAUAUCGGAUCAAUAUCGGUAUCGGCCGAUACUGAAGGCUACAAUAUCGGUAUUGUAUCGGAAGUAAAAAAGUUGUAUCAAGACAAUCCUAAUUGUAUCAAAACAGGAUGUCUUUAAAUGAUGUGAAAUAAGUUUGUAAAGUGUUGCUAAAGUUAGCAGAGCUAGCCUUCUAACAAGUGAACACCUACAUGCCUGUACUGGUUACUCUAGCUGAGUGUUCAUUCAUAUGCCAGUUUAACCAGAUCAGAUCAAAAUACUGCCAAACCACGGAGAUGACACAUCUAUCAUCACCCAGAGCCUUAGCUAGUGGGGGUUGCACUGCGAGAUCGAGGUUAGUUUGACCGACUUGUAAUUCUGGCACUGGUUAGGAAGGGUGGAGACUUUUAACAACGCAUCAAGCACCCCUCCUGGUUUCACUUGAGUUCUACCUGUAAUAUAUGGCAACACUGCUCUGUUUAAUGUAAGCAAUAAUAGUGUGAUGAAUGAUAUAACAUAGGAGAAUGGCCUAAAUUGAAUGUUUGGAUGUUUCUCUGCUGUUUAGAGGGUUGAACACAUAAUGCUUGAUAGCAAAUAGCUGUCAUUUUCAACACAAGGUCAACAUGAAACAAAUUUUCCGUCAGCCAUAAUGCCCUAUGAUAUUGAACCUUAUUAAAUAACUGGUAAAAAUAACCAUCCACUAGCUUGGCAAGGGUCAAGCCCAUGAGUCAAACCUACAGACAGGACAAAAACAUUAGUGCCAUCCAAGUUGACUAAGUAGUACAAGGAACUGAGAGCGAAAAGAAACACUGCUUUUCUACUGAGUCAUCUUGACCUUUCUCGUCGAGAUCUUCCAUAUCCGUCUGUCUGAGUUGUAGUUAGUGGCCAAGUUUCAGGAGAUGAAAUAGUUUCACACUAAGUUUUGACUCGUCCCCGUCUUGUUAAUGGAGCAGGAAAAAGUUUGAGAGAGCAUAAUAAUGUUACUGUGAGAGGAGUCAUUUCUGAGGUGACUCAGGCACCUUCAACAAAGGGUUCAGGAUUUUUCUGCUACAUCACGUCUGGUUGGGCAGCGAAACCUCAACAGAACAGACAGCUAAUUUGAGGCAGAUUGUAGAGUAUGGUAGACGGAGGAGCUUAAAUCACUGUAUUUCACGCUCCAAGGACUAUCAAUCUUAUCCUGACUUGUCCUAUUCAGGGAGCACUGGUCUCUUUUUGUGUUUUCUUUUCACCCUGACUGCUGUAUAUCCUCAGCGUUGUCUGGGGCAUUGUCUGCUGUGAAUCCUUUACAUUUCCUCACACAGACUAAAUGAGCAUGAGAACAAAACCCUUUGUGUCUUGAAGGCAGAUGUGCAUUAUCUUAAAAUUCCCAUCUGCUUGUUGAACUUUUGUGAAGCAGAAUAUCCAGAGCGCUUAUUUUGGUCAGAGAUUACUCUGCUAUUGCAAAACAGUGAUUGGCUGACGGGAUACACCAGGUUUGGCUGGUACAGCUUAGUGAAAUUAAAGCAUACGCAUGAUGGCAGUGCUUUUCUUUCACUAGUUUAACCAAAUGUUCUCAACAGAAGUCACUGUAAACAUGAAAUGAAUCGAUGGUAGUCUUAUGCAGUCACCACUUACCCACCAACUCAUGAUUUGUACCUGCAAGAAUUCAAUGAAUGUACUGAGGCAAUCUAAACUGGGGCUUCCUGCUUUGCUCACAUUUGCAUCAUGUCAUGGCGAGAUGUGGAAGAUAAGACUGCAUCGUCACUGGAUCACAGGAGCCGGGUUUCAGUAGAUAAGAGAGGACACUGGCAUGUUUGUGAGUGCCCCUGAAAAAGGCUGAUAUUAACUGUGAUGGCUCUUUCUGACCUUCAUGAGAAAACAAGACCUUUGGCGAUGAAACCGACACUAUCAGUUUGAUACAUUUGUAGGCCUGUAGAUGCUGUGAAGGGAUCUCAGACAUAGUGACAAAGACACGCCCUUCAUUUGACUGUUUAAAGACGGCGAGAUGAAGUGGACAAAAAGACAAACGAGGAAAAAUUAGAGGUAUCAUUUGUGCUAAAAGUUCCUCGUAGGAGCUUGAAACAAACCACAAAUCCUCUUAAAAUCUGAUUUAUCUUUUGUUUGCUGACAGCUGCAGCUGAGAAGACGACUGCAAACCUUUGCAACUUCAAAUUAAAUCAUAAAGAAAUCAAACCAGACAAUCAGCCUUGAGGUCACAUGAGUGAAUUUGAAGUUUUCCCCUUAGAUAGUACGUGUUGUGGCCCAUGUGCGCUCUAAAUCCAAGUCAAGAACUUAAAAUGUAAACUGUGGGAUAUUGACCCGUCUCAUAUGUCGAUGUAUUUUACACUGAAAGCAGGGUUUGCCGUAUCGCAGCCCUCCGUGAGGUCGUUAAAAACUUCUUAGGUUGUUGGUUUCCCAGUUGUAGUUUUAUGACAUGUAAUCAGGAAACACAAGCAGCUUAAAGACCAGACCAAAAAAAAGUGCUGCUAUGCUUUUUAGAUUAGCAUCAACUGGAAGCUACUAUUUUAACACUAAGAAGCUUGUUGAAGUUUCAAGUCAUAAACUGUGACUUUGUUGAACACAGCUCAAAUAAAGCAGGGUGUGUGUCUGUGUGUGUCUGUGCGAAUGUGUGCGUGCAUCAUGUGCUUGCAUUACCUCCUCGGCUGCUGAGAAUGAUAAGACAGCUGACAUUAACAAGACGUGGGAGUUUGCCCCUGAGCAUGAGUGAGAAAAAACUGUUGAUCAGAAUCAGAGUCCUCGGUUGUGACAUGGAAAUGUAGGCUUAUUGCUUUCAUGAUAGACUGUCAGGCCAGUCAGGACAAGUAGAGAGUGAAGUCUGUCAGGGUUUUACUUUCAGAUGAAUUUAAAAAAGAAACAUGAAAACCAAUAUUUGUUCUUGGCUUUUCAUGCUAACAGACAUUUUUGAUAUUGAAAAAGAAAGUACAAUCUGGGACACGCCCAAGGAAUUUGAUUAAAAAGGCUUAGUGUAUCGACCUGUCUCGCACAGUAGAUGGGAAGCGCAGAUGCUUUUGUCCUGAUUUGACCCUCCUGUCAUACAUCCUAACCUUUUCAAAGUGAUGCUUAAAGCUUAUUCUAUGUUUUUCUGCUUCAGUUUAUCCAUUUUUUUUCUCUCUUUGUCUGCUUCGCACAGGGAAGAUGCAUGUGUCUUUGGCAGAAGCGUUGGAGGUUCGGGGAGGUCCACUCCAGGAGGAGGAGGUGUGGGCAGUGCUCAGCCAGAGUGCUGAGAGCCUCCAAGAACUCUUUCACAAAGGUAAGCGACCAGGGGCGGAGCCAGGGGACCAAAAUGGUGCACAGAUUUUUGACUUCAGAAUUUAACAUGUGUGGUAACAUUUAAAUCUGUAGGGGCUAAAAUGUGCAAGAUAUGUGUUAGGGCUGGGUGAUACGGCCUCAAAUCAAUAUCACGAUAUAUUGAGACGUUCACCUUGAUAACAAUAAAUGGACGAUAACGACUUCACAAGCUGCUCAACCCCUCCCACUUUAACUUCAUCGAUUUCAGCCGCCACUCAACUUUUAAACCGUCCUCUAUCUCCUCACCUGACUUUCCCUCUUUGUUACGGACUGGAUGGGGUGAAGUCAUGUCUCUGACGUAAGACAGCUUCUUAAAGGGACACGAGACCAUAGCCUACUUACACACACCCAAAACCGACUUUUAUAUAUAUAUAUUUUUUGACACUGAAUAUAUUGACAUGGGCAAAAUGAUGUCUGUUAUUGUUGUAAAUUUUGGUAUCGGUAGAAUUUUGGUUUAUCGCCCAGCCCUAAUAUGUGUCCAUGGUCCUAAAUUCAAAGCACUAACAAAAGGAAAAAUGUUCAUUACAAUGCAAAACAAGCUUCUAGAAACCGGUUGCAUUUUAGCCCCAAUAGUUUAUUUAUUCAGACUUUUUUUAGGGGGCCAUGGCCACCUCUGGCCACUCUGGCCACACACCUGAUUCAAAUGAUCAGCUCGUUAUCAAGCUCUGUGAUGGCUUCAUGACGAGCUGAUCAUUUGAAUCAGGUGUGUUCCAGCAGGGAAACAUCCAAAACAUGCAGGACUGUGGGCCUCGAGGACUGGACUUGAGAACCACUAGUAUAGAGUAAUAGUUUGAUUGUGACCCUAGGAGGAUGAACAGCUGUGAAAAACUGCCAACCUGGCCUGUGUCACUAUAUGUCCUUCAAUGUAUUAGCUGCAUUUGAUACCCAGAUAAAUCGCUCUGGAGUUUACAGUGUUCAUCUUACAGUUGACAACAGAAUAUGAUUUGAAAAGGUUUCUUCUAAAAAGUUUACCUCGAAGCUGAAGCGAGUUUGAGAUCCUCAGUCAACUUCAAGUUUAAUUUCCUGGUGCUUAGUCCCACCAUGCAAUACCCCAAAAAUGCCGGAUUAUGUUGGGUGUAACUGUCACUUUUGGCCUCUUUCCUGAAAGUAGUACCCAGAUUAAUUUGUGAGCAUAUCUGCAUAAACCAGCUUGACCUCAACUUCUAGUUUUGCUGACUGGUUUCAUUACGUACAGUCCUGGCAAGCUGCAGGAAUUCCCUCUCAUCAACUUGGAUUGAGAAAUAUUCUUAUUAUGCUUGGCGAGUUUACAUUUGCAAAAAUGCUCUUUGAUUUCUACAAUCAGGGCUUCUGAGAUAUAUCCAGAAAAAAGCGAGGACUAAAACGCCAAGGUUGUGUGGAUACUUGGAGUGUUUUAGAUGGUCUCAUUGUGAUCCCUGCAUGGUUUUGUGUCAAAGUAGCUGCAAACACUUCUUUUUCCUCCGCUCGUGUAGCUAUACUGAGUAAAUUGUGGCCUCUCAUGUGUACAGUUUUAGACUGCUGAGCUGAGCUAAAAUUUGAAGAGCAGAUGUUGGAACCAGCUAUUAUAGAGUCACUGAGCUAUGUAGAGAAGUAUGUUUACCACGAGAGCGGAUUAAUAACGUCAGCCAUUUAAACUGCCAUUUUUUUUUUUGAGGGGGGUUGUCACGUGUCUCGAUCUGCCAUGAGGAAAAAAACGAAGAACUCUUAUAUGUUAGAAAAAGACGGAUGAAAUCUUUCCGUGUGCGUUUGAUGCUUUCUUCCCCGUUUAGAGUAAAUGUUGGCACAUUCCCCACUAACACAACUAUUGACUUAGCAAACCUUAACAUGACUUUUCAGACACUGUGUUUAGUCUCACAUUGUCAAACAGUAAACCACCAGCUUUGUGUGUACAUACUAGUGGUUAGUUACAGUGUUUGUUCAGGACUGAUUUGUUUAAAGAAGCAAUGUGUGAAUAAAUCUGAUUCAUUAGCAGAUUUCCUCCUCCCUGUUUGGUCUCUAGGAUAUCAGGAUCAAAUACUGUAGAAACCCAGUACCUGCUCCUGUGGUUUGCUCUCCACAGAGGCCACCUACUGCUCUACAUCUGCUCAACCUGUCGCACUAAUGCAGGGUUUGCCGGCGUGGACCUGAAAUGUCUGAUACGCUGUGAACGCUGAAGGCUUCUGCUUUGAGAGGACAGCUGUCGGCUGAGGCUAAUAGUUUUGGAUUAUUUCCUGCCCUCGGUUCAGCUAGCUGCUCGUCAGACUGACAGACUACAUUGUUAAAGGAUCAAGAACUUACAGUUGAAACAAUUUUCAGUCCUUUGAAGCGAAGAGAGGAUCAAAUGCCGCUUGCUUUUAGAGUUUUUGUUUGUCUCACGCUUUCCUGCUGUUAUCCUCAGUUUAUUGAAAGUUUUAAAAUUUAUUUGUCAUCUGCUCAAACUGAGUCAUCCACGUCCGCUCGGCGCUGUUAUCAUUAACAAAAGCAGACCUUUAACCUGGGAUGCACCUCGAAGCUUUGUCUCCUUUUUAGCAGCAUCACCAAACGAGUCACAUGAGGUUUUUUUUUUUUCAAACAGGAAACUUCUAUUUACUUAGUAAAUUCCAGCUUUUGAAAGCAGAUAUUUGGUGCCUCAAAUCCAGUUCCUCUGUUGGAGUCUGAGCUCCUCUCAGGAGCGAGGUAUCGGUGAAGAGAAAAGAAUUUUGCAGCGCUGCUCAAACAUUCCUCUGUAUAUUUUUAAAACCUUCUCUGACCAUAGCACAGGCUGCGGCUUCGGAGGAAGAGGAGAAUUACGUUGUGUAGCCAUUCCUUUCUGCUCCUAUGCCUCAACAGUUAUUUUCUCGCAGGCUAAGAAAGCAACAUGUGUUUUUAUUUACUUCAGUCUUCUUCUCGAGUCUUAGCAAGAAACAUCCUCCGUGGUUGGAUACAGUUGCAGCUUUCAGGCUGUAAACGCUCAGACGAAACUUUCAUUCCAAUAUCAGUCUUGAAAUCCCAGAACUUCACGUUAGCUCUGUGAAAUCGAAUUAAUGCUGCAACAAUAUGUUGCUUUCCUGUUUUUGUUCCUGAUUUUAUCUCCACUUGGUUAAAUUGUCUGUUUCCCCUCUGCAGACCCUUCAGCCAUGGGCUUCAUCAUCUCCCCCUGGUCCCUCCUGCUCAUGCCCUCUGGCAACAUCUCAUUCACAGACGAGUAUGUCACCCAGCAGGACCUGAGGGCCUUCACAGCUCCAGAGGUCCUCGAGGGGGUUUCCCUGUCUUCUGUCUCUGACAUAGAGAAGGUAUACAACUUUGAUAUCAACCAUUAUUGAUUGAAUUUAUCACCUUUUCCUCAAUCUUGUUUUGAACAGCAGCACAUUUUAACUUUUGACCCUCACUGCAGCCUUAUUGUCCAAAGGUAGUGUAAAAACCACCGUGGUUGUGACAGAGCAACAACAUGUUUCUGCUUAACACGACACCACAAAGCUCUGGAGAUGCGUAGCCGUAGGUCUUGCAGGUCUGACAUGGUUGUGGAGUUGCAACAUUUAGGAGUUGAACUUGUGAGCAAACCCUCUCGCCAUGCACCACAACUUGUUUUCCUAAUGCGCAGAGAACCACGCCCCCCUCUUUUUCGUCUGCUAGCAGAGCUAAAAUCUUGCAUGACUGGAUUCCCGUCCUGGCAACAUCCCACAGACCUCAACACACUUUUUCGCUGAGUCAGUUUUCCAGCCGUGGUCCCGCCUCUCAAGCCAGCUGAGUUAUUUCAGUGUAGAAAGUAUAAUCUGGUUCUCCCAUUAUCAGAGACGGUGGGUAAACACACGUCAGCUGCGAGUGCCACCAUUUUUCCCUGUUGCUUUUUCAACAUGGAGUGGUGUUUUGCUCUAAAUGGGGAUUUUUGAUAUUUUCCACAUUUUCUAAGAGUCUCUGCGUCUUUAAGUUUGUACCAAAGUUUGUUCCUGAAAGACCUUGAAGGCUAUGUUGCAUUCUUUGGCAAUCCCUGAGUUAGUCUUUCCUCUACCAAGCCCAACAUUCAGGGGAAGUGAUUUCUCUCCCAAACAGUGAGCGCAGAGUAAUAAGGAGAGGGAAAUGGAAAAAGGGUUUUUGGAUUUAGGCUGAAAGCCCUUGUCCUGUUCCUUUCCAAAUAAGAAUCAGUUCAACUUUUAUUACACUCCAGCAAUUGUUGAGCUCCAGUCUGUCUGUCGUCCUUCACACAGAGUCGCCGUUUUAACAAGUUUAUCUGUAGAGUACAAAAUCUUCACAUUCCUCAUCUUUCUCAUAGUCGCUUGUCCUGAUAUCUUUUCUUCGUAAUUUCAUUCUGAGGAGCAAGAUUAGAUAUCUAAUCUUGUGUACUUUUGGGUAUGAACUUGAAGCAAUGUUUUCUUUCCCACAGAUGCACAUGUACUCUCUGGGGAUGACCCUGUUCUGGGGAGCGGACUACGAGAUCCCCCAAAGUCAGGUAAAUCCUCACCAAGAAUACUUCUUUUUACAACUUAUGUCUCUGUUUAACUCAAUAAAAGACGCUCAGGUUCAUGGCUUAAAAUGUCUUGAUCAUCUAAAGUUGCUUGUUUCACUGUUUUUAACUUAGAGCUCACAUCAGGUGUAGCGAACAGAGCCAAGCCAAGCGGACAAAAAUCAGGGGAUUAAGUUUCAGCAUGUGUCAGCAUUGACUCAGAUUAAAGGUUUUUUCCCCUGCAGGUUGAUUGGGAUUUGACCUGUUUAACUUGCACUCUUGCGGUGCAUACAAAAAAAGCUGACACACUUCAUUUUGUCGUUUUUGGAAACAGCCACACCCAGAUUAUAUUUGGGUAAAGGUUGACUAGUAUCUGCUGUUCGCUGAUUGUAGCCCAGAGGCUUGUAGAAACUCGCAAUCAGCUGUAAAUGUCUCUCCUCCGUUUAAAUGAGACAUUUUGAUCCUCAUCCAGGACGUCCAUGUCUCACUGUCUUGUCUGAAGAGAAAAAGGUUCAAGCUGUAAAUGCACCCUGGAAUGUGUUUGUAUUUGUUGAUCUUGUUGUGUUUGCCAAGAUCUCAGGGGGACUGUCCUCCGUACAUACACAUAAGGGCAGGAGUCACCCAGGGAUAACAUGAUCUGAACAGAGUGUUGACAUUAGCGACAUGCACAGGUUGAAGUUGCCAUGGCUGUCAGUCCUCACGUAGCUUCAUCCACCUUUUUAUACCGCCUCCAAUCCAUGAAGGAGAUGUGAAACGUGUGCUUCUGUUUGGCGUCACAUGCAACAUGCAGUUAAAGUCACUUUAUAGACGCGGGCAUCCAGUCAACUAAACAAUAAACACCUGUUUUGUUUUGCACCACAAAUUAUAGAUAUUGCCAGUCAAACAUUCAAGCCAAGCUCCAUUACCCUUGACUUGAGUGAAUGGUUACUGCUGGAAUGACUUAAUGCUCUACUAUCUGGAUGUAAACAAGCACAUUUCUACAUGGUCUACUAGUGUUUUGAUCUUUAAAAUUAAGAUGAUAUUGUGUCAGACUAUUAGGGGUGGGAGAAAAAAUCGAUAGAGCAUAGUAUUGCGAUAUUUUGUCUAGUGAUAUACCGUAUCGUCUCAUUUACCAAGUAUCAGUUUUUUCACAUUAAUUGCCAAUAUGAAGUCAAAUUUAUGAUAAUGGAAAAAUAAAAUCCACUGUUUUUCCAGUGAGGUUGGCAGAGGUGACGUCAUAGAGCAGGAGAAAGUUAGUGCAACAAAUAUAUAAAAUGUUUGCAAGAUGUGCUACAUGAGAAUAGAAUACAGUGUAAAGAAGACAAACAAAAAGGAAAGAGAAAUGCUAAAUUAGCAAAACAGUUGAAAAAAUUGUAUUAAUCGCAAAUAUGGUAUUACAAUACCUGCUGUAUUGCAAAAUGUUAAAAAAGCGCAAAAAUAUUAUCUCGUGGCCCAAGUAUCGUGAUAAUAUUGUAUCAUAGGGCCACUAGUGAUUCCCACCCCUGCAGACUGUAAUGCAUUACCAGCCUGCAGUUUUAAUCAAAGUUGUUAGGGAUCUAAUCUAAUCCCUGUGCUGACAGUAAUAUAGACAGAAUAACUCAAGAUCAUCUACUUUGUUUAUCUUGUUUGCUUUGUAUUGUUAUUUCCUGCAUUCUUUAAAGAAAACCAUUAUAACCCACACCCAGAGGACUUAUAAAAGGUAAUACAAAACCACCCAAAGUACCGUACUAACCCAAAUAUGAGAUGUUUAUUUUUCACCCUAAAAUGCAUCAGAAAAAAGGAGGAUCUAAUGUUCAGGCUCAGUGAUUCUCAGUAGUUGCCAAUAUUUAUUAUAACAAUAGAUGCCGGGCGGUACUAUUUAUCUGCAAAGAGAGCGUACCCGUCAUGGCUGAGUCCAGCUGUCACUCACAGCGACAGAGUCAGGAGAAUGAAAGAGGACGAGACACUAUGACCAGAACAGGAUCGCUCAAAAGGAAGGAGGACGAGUCAAUCGAGUGCUGAGGCAGAGUUACGGUGUUUAUUAUCACAGCAGUCAUAUAAAACAGAUACAGUGUCAGAAGAUGGUUUAUGUUACUUCAAACUAAUAAAGGUGUGCCCAUCAUCAGACCUGUCAUCCACCCAAUAGACUGCAGGUUAUUUUUAUUUUACUGUAUUCAAAUACAGAUACUGUAUGUGCUUCAUUUAAACACAGGAUUCAAGUCAGUAUUUAAAAGAGUAGGUUGUCUCAAAAUCAGAGCUGUCUUAAGUACGAGGGUUAACAUCGAGGGUCGGAGGUUACUAUGGAUGGUGUCGCUCUAAAGUGAAACUUCUUUCUGUGGUGCUGUUUUGUUCACCGCCUCAUUUCUCUUUCUUUGCAGCCGAUGAAGCUAGGGGAGCACCUCAACAGCCUGCUUCUCAACAUGUGUGAUGAUGUUACAUUGAGUCGAAUGUCACUGCGCACGGUGCUGGACAUCUGCAGCAAACACAUUCGAAACUCCUCGUGUGACCCUCCCUUCUCUUAUAUCAGAAAACUGGUCCGAUUGGUGCUGGGCAGCCUUUCUCAGGUAGGCUGUUUCUUUUUAAUCCAGGUCAUUAUGAUACUCCUGAGUAUUUUCUUAUGGUUUUAUGUCAGUGGUUUGUAUUUUUAGCAUGCUUAAUAAAGCUAAUUGUUGGUUUAAAGACUGUUCAGUGCUCCUUUAAAGCUUUACACCUUUAAGGUUGGAUAACGCAGCAGAUAAUGGGGCUCCUGUUGGUAGCAGAUGAUUCCUGAUUGGAUGCCUCUCUGGAGGAAUAGCUCCAACUUCACUUUUUUUCUCUCCUUGCUCUGUUUUGCUUGUUCUUCUUUUCACCUCCGGCUCUUUGUUUUUCUUCUCUUCCUGUCGUGUUUUUCUCAGCUGGACGGUCUGCUGACUGAUAGAGAGUCUCUUCCGGAGCGGAGUAAAGAGAUUCGGGAGCGUCUGAGGGGCAAAGGUUUGCCCUCGGGUAAGCCGAGCUCUUCUUAUUUGUACACGUAUUUUAAACAUUGAGCUGUAGUCGCGUGGUUUGUUUUUAUCGUUAGGUCAAGAGUGUAUAAUAUCCAUUACUUUUUUCCAAAGUGAUAAACUGUGGUUAUGAGAAACGGACUAUUCGCGUUUUCGGAUUGUGUUUACAAUUAUGUAACCUUUCGUUGAAGAAGAUGAGUUUUAAAUGCCUUCCCUGGUUUUCGAGGCUCUUCAUCACUCACAUCCUCACUUUUUAAGUAUGCGGGUUAGAAUCAAAAGUACACGGGGAAAUACACAUAGCAAAACCUCGAAUCCAAUUUAAUUCAGGAAAAUAUGACCAAAUCUUCCCAGUGGUUUCUCAGAGAGCUCCGGCAUUUUUCCAGCCCAUGGAAAGGAAAGCAGAGCACAAACAUGGCUUCGUUGUACCAAUUAUGUAAGCACGGCAUGGCAUUGAUUACAGAUGCAUAUUUUGGAAUCACCAGUGAAUCUGUCCGUCUGCUGUUUGUAUUAGAGCUUUGUUUCCCUGGCUUGAGCACCAGCCAGCCCUAGGGAAAGUACAUGCAAAGAGUGUUACUUAAGCGCCUGUCCUCUCAAGGAGCAGAUCUCCUCUCUCCCUCCUGUAUUUCUGUACGUUCAAUAAGACUUUGAGAAGGUGCCAAGUUGUAAUUUCUAAAUGAAAUAGACUCAGGCAUUUUCUGUUUAACUCCAUGUUUUAUAUCCACAUUUCUUCAUUGUUGCCGCCCAUUUUCAGCUCCAUUUCCCCUGAAAUACAAUAGGCUUCUUAGAAAAAUGGAAAACACUCUGUGGAGAGGGAUUACUUUUCCUCUUUCAUUUUUUGGCUCAAUCCAGCAUUGUGUGAUUCUCAGAAUUCCCCAAAGACAGUGUCUGUCUAUUUUUGAUGCAUUCCCCUGUUACGAUCAAACAUAUGUUUUCUAGGUUAAUCCGCCACAUGCAGCAUUUAGAUUGUUUUACAAGAUUUUAAGCGUCCCUCUGUUCCCUCAUUUCUGCAUCUCUUCAUCUGGUGCAGCUCUUGUGACUCGAACACUUUCGCCCUCUGUUUAUGUCUUCCUAGAGGCAGGGGCUGUUGUUCAUCGAGCUUAUACAGCUUGUCUGGAAAGUCAAACACGCACAGCUGAAGAAAGAAAGAAAGAUUCAUUUUUCCAUUUUUAGAAAGACGGAGGGAAAGAUGGGCUUCAUGCCUGAAAUUGCGGAUUAUUGCCGCACAGUAACUCCUAUUGUGAGCUUUUAAUGAUCGGGGGAAAUUGGCAGAAGUAAACAGAAUCGACUCUCAGCAGAAUUCAGUACCUCGCAAGGUCAACGGCAGCACACCAUACUUCUAACUUUGCUUUCCUUGGGCUGUUGUAUGUUUACUUUGCAAAUUAAUUCAUUUUAUGUGCCUUUAAUGGCUGCUACACUUCCUUCCUGGGGCUGUUAGACAGAAACUCGCUAUUGCAGCUUCUAAUUCUCAUUGAAUACCAUUUUAUCCAGCAAAUAGAAACUUCUAUCCGAACCAAAUUUACCAAUAAAUUAAAGGAGGAAAUUUGUUUGGUGCAUCUUUGAUCUUGCAGUGUUAUGUAAGUAGUAUCAGUCAUCAUAUCUCGUGCUCCACAUCUCCUAUUAAAUCAACACAGGGACUUUCUAAGGACAUCUUGUGAGUCCUUAGAUUGCUGCUUGUCUAAAAUGCAUCUUUGAGGCCCCUGCAGGUGCUCACUACGUUGAGGCCAAGUCAGGGUAUUAGUGCAGUAGAGAAGGAGCAUUCAGCUGCUGUGUUAUGUUGAUGAUUUAAGAAACGGAUGCCGGUUUGGAUGAGCACUUAAGUAUAAUGAGGGGCUUAGUUUUGAUUCACAUGUAAAUCUUUGUUAAUCCCGCUCUAGGUUCACUUCUUAUCCUAAUGUAAUGAGCUCAGUCUUAAUAAUGAUGUGAUUUCCAGGAAUGAUGCAUUUUUCAGGUUUAUCUAUCAUUAUUAUUUAAAAAUUGUUUAUUCAGUUUCAGAGUUUGCUACAAAUCUGAACUUUGGUUGUCUCGCUUGCAGGGAGGAGUGCCGCCCCCAGAGUCCUCGAACGCUACCGAGCCAGAACUCAAGAGCAGACGUCUCUCAAUCGAGGCCUCAGCCGCUCCAUGGGCUCUUUGCCAAUCCAAGGACUGUUAAAGGCGGACGAUGGAGCAACUCUACAGUAUUCCCUACCUAACUCUGAUUCCCCCACAGACCUUUACCCCAGAGUCCCCUCACUACAACACCAGCUCUCCUAUCCAUACCUGCACCCCCUCCAUCCCCAGCAGAAGGGCCGCCCUGUGGAACUGGACCGCAGGUCUUUACCCUAUCACGGUGGGGACCUAGGCCCUAGUCAGGCCAGAAAGACCUGGGCUUCCUCUGUGGACUUGGCUUACAUUGACCCAGAGGCUCUUAGGUUUGGGGCUUUAGAGGAUGCACGGAGGGGGAGCAGUGCCAUAAGCACCCACUCCAUGGGCAGGCGCAAAUCACCUUUGUCGUCGUCCCGGGAGAGGGAUAACCGCUACUCUGAGUUUGCUGGACUGAAGAGCAGGAAGCCUCAUCACCACUCAGCCCUGUCUGUCGGCUCAGGCCUCCCUGGAGCUUACGACAGGAUAAAAGAGAAGCAGAGGAAACUUCAGGCGCUCAGACAGGCGGUAGACGGUGAGUGAGAGAGAAUUUGAUUUGUGGAGGUUGAUUGGAUUUAUGUUCCUUGAAGAGCGAAAAAAAAACAACUCGUCAUGAGUUCAAACAUUAAGCUUUUGUUUGGUUUUGCUUGAAUUGAAGUUUUGAUUUAUUGACGAGCAUUGUUUCUUUUUUUUCAGUAAAGCAUAUUACAGCCAAAGAGCAACCUCCUUAACCUUCGAGGCUCUGAUUUCAACAGAUCGGUUCAACCAAACAUGAAGCUUUUGUUCAGAUACAAUCUGCUCACACUGUGAUAAGUGAGAGUUUGAACUUGUCCUUCAAGCUUUAUUCUCACAUUUGAUAACUCUUGAAGGCUACCCAGCAGCCGGGAACAGAUGUUCCAUUUAAUGUUAUAUCUACAUUUGAAUGAUAGCAUGUCUCCUCGUCGAUGUUUGUGAUAGCUGACUUGCCAUUUACAGUUAAAUCCUUAUGUAAGGUUUGUUUUAGCACUUUUAAUUUUGACCCUUCACAGUGUCAGUUCAGUGGUACGGUGUCAGUGAUCAAUCAUGGUGGAUUGAGUCUCCGAUCCUAGGUGCUUUUGAAGAAGAAUGAUCCACCAGGGAGUUCCCUGAGACCUACACACUGUAUGAACUUUUUGUCUGUCUGUAUUCGUACCAUUAUGGCUGAUAUAGUGUUGUAAGCUGACUGAUGGUUGCCAGAGCAACGUCACUUUCAUUGGGGGACUCUGUAGUGGCAGCUGUGUGUUUGCCAGUCUGUGGCCGAGGAUAGCGUCCAGCGUAGAGUACCACUUGCUAGUUUCUUCUGUCUUUUUUGCAGCCUCAUGGAUCUGCUUUGGUGUGUGGUGGAUAGGGCUGGGCAAUAUGGCCCCAAAUCAAUAUCACGAUAUAUUGAACAGUUCACCUCAAAAACGAUAAAUGGACAAUAACUACUCCACAAGCUGAUCACCCCCUCCCACAUUAACUUCAUCUACUUCAGCCACCGCUGAACAACUUUUGAACCGUCCUCCAUCUCCUCACCUGACUUUCCCUCUUUGUUAUGGACUGGAUGGGAUGGAGUCACGUCUCUGACGUAAGACAGCGUCUUAAAGGGACAUGAGACCAUAGCCUACCUACACACACCCAAAAACAACUUUGAUUUAUUUAUUUAUUUGACACAGAAUAUAUUGACAUGGGCAAAAUGUCGUUGGUUAUUGUCGUAAAUUUCGGUAUCAGUAAAUUUUCGCCCAGCCCUACUUCAUUGUUACUUCACUUAAUUGAUGUUUUCCUAAUUUCUAAAGCCUCAAAUAGCUUGACCCAACUGCUCUUUGGUGUUAGUUUGCUAACGUAUAUACUGGGAUUUUACCUACUACCUACUCUGAAGCAGGAGCUGAAGAGCUUCCUCCAAAUGGGGUUUUAGAAACCAAAAUAGGUCAUAGUUCCCGUAGCCCAGAAUCAAUUAAAUAGUGGGAAGGGUUCCUACGAGUCCCUGUGGUCCGGAAACACCCAACAUUUUUUAAAGCCCAUGAGGGCUCGCUAUGGUUCACCUGUCAUUUCUUUUUCCAUGUCAGAGUAUCAAGCUGAAAAAAAUAACCCCAGACCCGUGGCUGAUAUUUUCUUUCAGCUACGGCUCUCUCCAGCUGUAGUUUUCCAUUUUAUUUCGCUUUCCUGCCACAGAUUACUCACAACAGCCACUGGUUCAGAAGAAAAGCAAGAUAAUGGGAUUUUGGUGACAAGUUUGAGCUUGGCCUUUUUGUCAUUAUUGUGUAAUGUGCUUUGUAAGAACAUGUUAUAAAUAAGCUUCAAGGUUAAGAGUGAGGCGGCCUGAGGGGAAAGAAUAGAGGUACAGAAGUAAUCGGCUUCAGUUCGCUACUGAGACAAUGAAUAAAAGGAGUGAGAGUUUCAGAGCUCUUUCAUUGAGAUAUUUAAGACAUGUUAGACAGACUGUGCGGUAAAAUGGAUUCAACAGACGAAACCCCAGCAGCUCAGGGUGAGAAGGCUGCAGGGAGCCAUCAGCUGCUCUGAUCUGAGCGGUUAAAAACAAAACGUGACAGCAGUGUGAUGACGUGAGCAGACAGACGCACGGGCUAGUUACAGGUUCUGUGCCCGUCUAUAACGACCAUGUGGGAUGGGACCUGGGUGCUCGCUGGCUUGAAUGAAGUAUCGUUGGCGGUGGCUGCGCUGCAGUGUUUAGACAGAACGUAUGAGUCACCGGUGCAGAGGUUUCCAAAUGGCUGAUUCUAAUUACAGGCUAGCUUAAUUCUAGCCUGCUGCUAACUGUCAUACAUGCUAUACAGCCAAAUCCCUCACCUUUUUUUUUUCUAGCAUAACCAUAAACACACAGAUAUUCAUGCAGAGUGUUUACAGACGCAAAAACAAUCUUUACAUAAUCACAUGCUAAAACCGAGCACACACAACACAAUUGUUUAACACCUUAGCGGUCAUUCCCAAGAGCUUUAAGUUCCCCCUGAGAGCUUAAUGCAUUCUUGGUGAAAUCUCUACAGGCAGACGUGUUUUGUGCUCAGAGUCACAAGUGGCCGUACGGAUGUGGAGACAGUGGAGGAGCGUGAUUGCCUUCAUAUAAUCGAACCUCUGUCUUCUACCUCUUCUUCCUUGUCCUCCUCCUCCUCCUGCUGCUGCUGCUGCUGCUGGUUUCCUAAACUCUUCAGCUCCCCCUCCAACCUCCGACCUCCAGCCUCCCUGCUUUCUGGCAGCUAUUUUUAAUGCUGACCGAGCCACCAACCAAAGGCAUUCUUCUCCUCUGGACUGUGGCUUUUUGUCCCCAGCAAGUCCUGCCUUUUCUUUUUCUCCCUCCCCUUUGGCCUUGCACUGAUUGUGAUCAGAGGCAUUUUUUGUGUGUGUUUAUAAAGAGAAAGUGAAAAUCAAAAAUGUGUAGAGCCUCUGUUUCAGAAAGAGGAUUGUCUUUGUGUUACCUUUGUGUCGGCCGUAAUUUAGCAUUUAUCAGACCCUUUAGUCACAAAGGAAUCUCUACUCCCAUCAAAAGUGACUGAGGUUGACUACCAAGGCUGAGCCAAAGUAUUUUUGUAUCCCAUCCCAGAGCUAUUUGGCGACUGUAUGAAUGGAGCCUAAUUGAGCACAGACCAUUUGCAGGGCCUCGUGGAUGUGUUACUUGGCAGAGACCUUCUUUUCUUUCUUUUUCUCUUACUUUUUUCUGUUCUUUCCUGCAGGAAAGUGAUGGCGCAGCAGUGGUCAGUGCUCUCAGGUUUCACCCAGUUACACUGCUUUUUUUCCGCCUGUGUGUGUGCAUUUUGCAAAUCAUGUUCAACUGAAUUACAUGAGCAUAACUAAACGUUGUUGUGCGUGCGUGUGUGUGUGUGUGUGCAUGCCUGUGUGUGCAUGGGCAUGUUUAUACCUGGACCCCUAUGUCUCACACAGGACCUCCUCCCUUUCACCCUCCUACCUUUCUGGUGCCAAGGUGCUUCAAUCAGUAGAAACAUUUCCCCGCAGACCGAGCAGCUGUAAUUGGAGUCAUGCAUAGCGGAUAAGGGAAUUCCAAACGUUAUUGGACUUUUCCGGCUCUUGGCAGCAGGUCAUGUGGCUUUGGACCGGAGCAGGUCCAGCUUUGACGACAAUACAGAACAUUACAGCCUCAGGGGUGGAGGAAGACUCAAGAACCACCCCCCCAAUUUCUUAUAAUUACAUCACAUUUUGGUUUGUUGAUUCAAAAAGCCGGGGAGGAAAAGAUUAUCGUAAAGCUUUUGACCAUGACGUUUAUUGUGAUCCUUUGAAAUCGACAGCCUGACUCAAUUCCGGGAAGCCCCGGAACAGUUCAGAAGAACUCUAGGAAUUUAGUGAAAACAGACAAUUUCCAUUUGUGGACCUUUUUUCUACACCUGCAGUUUCCCAAAAUGUUGUUUUACUGAGUCAUGUUGACGCAGGAAAGGGAGGAGACUUGAAGGUUUCUGUAACCAUUAUUCAUUUCAGCCUGUGACCUGUGUCCCCCUUCGCUUUGGGACCAUCAGACAUAAAACAACCUCUGAGGCCGAGUUUGUGUCUCUUCUCGGCUUGAGUGCCUCAAAAGGCCUAACUUAUAGAAGCGUUUUUGCCCGCUCACAGAAAGCUCAUGUGGAGGUGUUAAAAGUGCCAGCUCUGCAGGGAAACAAGGAGGAAAGCAGAAGCAGAGAUGUGUGGGAGAGGAAAUGAGAGGAUAGGUAAACGGAGGAGGCAGGGUGGAUAUAAAUGCAGGCUGCAUUUGUUUUUCCCUGGAAAUGAAACUCUCCUAUUUAUUUAAAAAGUCCCGAGACUGUUUUCCCAGCAAGUGAGUGUGACUCCUUAUUCUGAGAAAAAGGCAUGAGCGAGCAGAGCAGGAAGUAGGGCCUUAAGUGUGAUUGCAGCCAUUGUGUUUCUGUGUUUGAAGCCUCACAUAAUUGUUCAAUUGCAACCAAAACAUGCUGACAAUUACUGAAAUCCUCCUUGUCUUACAUUCAUGUCUCUUUGUAAGUCUCUGCAUACCAGCUGCUUACAAUAGCGCAAUUGUAUCCAAAGAGGAAGGGAUUAAAAGAAUCAACGGAUUCAUUUUGGAGAUCUUUAGUCUUGAUCUGUUUUGUAACGUCUUAGAGCUGCUGGAAAGUUGACAAUAUUAGCAAGAAGAGGAGGAGCACAGAAAUGGAAACUAUAUAUUAAAUGUUCAUCCGAUUCACCUUUGGACCAACCCUCCUGCUUCAGUGAACAUUUAAAUGAUAGGAAAUAUACUGCCGCUAAUCUUUAAAAUGAACCGAGUUUGCUGCUCCAGUUGUUUUAGAGAGUUGGAUGAUAUAGAAAAGCUACGCAAUCCCCAGUGUGGGACUAUUUUAUUGUUUUGUGUUGCUUUUACUGUCUAGUGCUGGAACUUUGUGAAGGAGACAAAAGUAACCCCUCCCUUAGUCUACCAUUGUGAGUAACCCCUGUAUAGUUGUAGUUGUACUCCUUCACUGACUGUUGGUGGCUGCAUUCGCAGGCUCACCAGUAGGAAUGGGCGACAAAUUAUUGUACACGAAUUAUCGUCCUUCACGAUGAAUAUUUGCCAUCUCACGAUAAAUGCGAUCAACUUUUCGUCAAGAUUGGGGCUUAGACGAGCGCAAUUAGGUAUGCCUGACAUCUGAGAGUUGAUGUGCUGCUGCUGUUCUCUAUGUGCAUUAAGAAUUUUGAAUUAAUGUUGAAAGUGUUUUCACAUUUCAGACUUGUUUAAUGUCACUAGUUUUCUCCAUAACCUACCACUUAAACUUGUGGUUAAGUCUCUUAUUUUACUAUGUCAACUGGUGUUCUCGAGUAGGGCUGGGCAAUAUGGCCUCAAAUUAAUAUCACAAUAUAUUGAGCAUUUUACCUCGAUAACGAUAAAUGGACGAUAACUACUCCACAAGCUGCUCACCCCCUCCCACGUUAACUUCCUCUACUUCCAUCGCCGCUCCAGCCGCUACAACUUUUGAACCAUCCUCCAUUUUCUCACCUGUCUUUUCCUCUUUCUUACGGACUCGUUGGGGGUGGAGUCGUGUCUCUGAUGUAGACAGAGUCUUAAAGGGACAUGAGACCGUAGCCUACCUACACACAUCCAAAACCAACUUUUAUUUAUUUAUUUAUUUGACACAGAAUAUAUUGACAUGGGCAAAAUGACGUUGGUUAUUGUUGUAAAUUUUGGUAUCGGUAAAUUUUGGGUUUAUCACCCAGCCCUAUUCUCAACACUGAAUGAGUCAAAAACAUGGAUUGGAAUUAUAAUAUUUUUUUAGCGGGACUUUUAUCGUUAUCACAAGAAUAGCAAAACUUGUUGUGAUAUAUAUAUAUUUUUUUGCCCAUAUCGCCCAUCCAUACUCACCAGUUGGCUAAACUCUUGAAUGUUGGCCAAAGUUUUCUGUCUUUCGUUUCUUUUUUAAGAAGAAAAACCUUCAAUUCUUUUUAAAACAAUCAAUAGAGGUUGGACCAAUUGUCCCAUAGCUUCUAGUUAGUCGAUAAAUGUUAGCUAUAGUUACAUGCAGACAUCUGAUUUAGAUGAAAACAAAACAUUAAAGGUUGCAGCUGAUGGGAGCAGGACUGUAAUUUCUGCAGAUUGCUGUCAGGGUUAGAGUUUCUUAUGCUCUCUAUACACAUAGAUUUUGCUGAAUACCAAAGCCUGUAGAAAUCUGAUUUACAAUGAACAUACUGCUAAAAUGAACUAAAACACUCCCAGACUCCCUUGUGCUACAUUUUUAUAUAUAAUUAGUUAAUAAAAGAUCAAAAAUUCUGUAACCAGGUCUAAAUUUUCCCUGUAUUGACAUCAUGUGUGAUGUAUGCAGAAGUUACACUUGUGGUUUUUUCCCCUCAUGCUUACUAUGCAGUAUGAUUUAAUCCAGUUUAACCACUCGGAGGUCUGUUCUAUUUACAGACAUGGGUUUUAUGGUUUUUCCCUCUAUACAUCAUCUUUCCACUCCAUUUUUUAUGGAGGAGGAAAUAUGUAAAAGUUUGAGACUUCUUUUUUACAUCACUUUUUCGAGUCAUUUACUAUUUUUUUUCACAUCCAUUUUGCUUUGAGCGAGGUCGUAAUUCAUUCUUUCUUUAACACCAGGAUUUUUACACAUGUUGCAUCCAGAAGCUGCACAUCCUGACAAAGAUGAGUCUGUUACUGAAACUCCUCUGAACUCAGCUCUCUGAGCAACGACUGGGGAAUGCAACUCAUUCAAACUAUGUAGCUGAUACUGAAGAGCAAGACUUUCAAGUUCUGAGUACAGGGCAGCCAGAUUCAUGAUGACACAUUAGGCUUGGGUUUACACUGUUCCAGCUUUUGUUUUUUGUUGUUUUCCUGUGCUACCCCAGGUUCAACUCAUUACUGAGUCAAUCAAGCACUGGCAUGAGAAAAGCAAACAAAUGUGGUUAGCCGGCCUUUACGUCCUUUUUUCAACAGAAUGUCCUCUAACCUGACAGGAGGCAUGCCUGUGUACACUUGUGUUAAAGCUGCUUUUCACUGAGUUACAUAUGUGUUUCAUUUGGAGUGUUUACCAACAGCAUGACUAAUACUUGCUUUGUGUUUCUCGGUCUACUGGUUUGGGGUUACUCUCGGUCUGGGUAGGAUAUUGAGAGAGCCCUGUAAAGACAACUAAAUGCUUACCAUCCUACCUGCAUUUGUAAAUGAAAUAAUAGUCCUUUGUUGUAUUUAAUUUAAAGGAAAUAUUACCAUGACAGCCCACAUGAACAGCCUGUACAACCAUUUGAAGUUAUCUCUCUUGUGCAUGAAGUUAAUAAUGGUUUUAUCCAAAUGACAUCCUGUCAUGUCUCACUGCAUGGUUCCUGUUGAAUCACUUUUAAAAGCUGGGGUUGAUGGUCUUUAUCUUCUCUCAGAUCCGGUCCACACCCACCAGAGGUACCACAGCGACUACAGCUCAUCCAGUGAAAGCCCCUCGGUGACCUCCUCUGAUCCAGACUACAGACAAGGUAAAAGAUAAGCCUUAAAGUCCCACUCCAAUCAUUUUUUUUAAUACUAAAAGUGUUCUCAAUGGUCCUUAAAUUGUGAUUAUGAAGUUUUUGCCAAAAUCGCGUUACCUGUGACAUUUUCAAGAAAUUUUCUUCUGCAGAGCUCCAGUAGAUCAUUAGCAAUUCGCCUCUGAGUCGUGGGCGGAGACAGCGCUGCUCUGCACACUUCUCUUCGCAUUAGCUUGCAGCCUAACAUUGCUGGUGUAGUAGAAGUGGUAGGUAACAUAUGAGCUAUUCAGCUCUCGGACACUAAUGUCUUUCGGGACAAGUUAAUAUCAUUCUUAGCUUUCUUACGAGUAUCACAAUCCGCUCCUGGACAUGCUUGUUCCGCGAUUGUCCUCUCUACUUUUCCAGGGGCUCAGGGGGCGGAGCUUGCAGUUAUGACAUAGGAAAUCUCACUGAAUCUGAACCUUCUGUGUGGGUCUGCCAGAGAUUCACAAUGAUUUGAAUGCAGCAUCAGAAAAGUGCCACAUGAACAUGUAGACAACCAGAAAAACAUGAUUUUUAUUGGAGUGGGUCUUUAAGGUCACCUUAGGCAGACUUGUUUGAUUUAUGUAUAUGCAGUGCUUAUGCAACAGGUGGCAGGUGCUGCACAGACAUAGAUAAGUCAUCUUGGUGCAUGCAGCUAAUUCUAGAGUGAAAAACCAAAGGAGUUCUGUAAAGAGAGGGAUAAGUGCUCAUUAAAGCACGGAGGUAUGUGGGCAGCAAGAAGGAGCACAUCACAGGGUUUAUCAGGUUGGUACCUACCUUGGUGUUUCAAGGACUCACCUCAGCUUUGACUGGCUGCAUACUCAGCCUCCCCCUCCUCUAAAAGAGGAGAAAAUAGAGUAAAAAUGAGAUAAACUGAUAUUUGAAGCAUGCUUCUCAGUCCUGUUCCCGCUGGUUUUCUUAUCUGUCAACCCAAGAGCUGAUUUAUACCUGGAAUAACAAGCGCACCAAACCGGACUCCCCGCUGUUUUACUGCCAGGCGACACAGGCACAUCUUUGUCGGCGUAAAUAGCAAGAUCCAGUACUUCAAAUAUUUAAGAGCACUACUGAGUUCCUUUAGUUGUUUCCAAGUAACUGCCACGUCAGUGUUUCUCAGUCACUUUCCAGGUGUUGGUGAUAAAAUUAGGUCAUGUUCUUUUGCUACCAAAGAUUGCACAAGGUAACAUACCUUCACAGACAAUAGCAGAGUAGUGUGGGAAACCGGCUGGCUUACAGUUUCAGGUGGUAAACAAAUCUCUGCCUGUGGUAUUGAGAGAACCUCAUCAGCUUAAGAUUUAAUCUUUCAGAAUUAAGUUACAGUAAUACCCUCCACCUCCACGUCCGUCUGAGAGUUCAGUGCCUCACGUAUAUCUCGCAUAUUUUUCACAUGCUCAUUAAGGCAGUUUAACACGCAGUUUGGUGUCAUAUGUGUUUUAGUUUUUCUAAGAUGAGUACACUCGAACUGUUCCUGACAGCCGAGAUAAAGCAAAGGUCAAAAGCAAAUGUAUUCACGAAGACACAACGCCCCUACUCCAUUUCACUCUGUUUCCAAUCCUCGCUCUUGCUUGAAAGUUUGACAGUGAGUUCAGACAGCUGUGAAGAGUUUUUGCCGUUCUGGUGGAAACGGGGCCAGUUUUAUUUGGAAAAAUGGCUGACACAUAUUAAACAUGCUCCAGAAAGAAAGGAGGCUUGACUCCCGUCCAGCUGAAAUGCACAAUAAUUCACAACUUGUAAGAUUUAAGGGAGGCUCUCUGUGCAUUACAGUAGAGUUUGACACGUAUCGUCGUUGUUAUGUAGCUGCAGCCCUUAAUCCAAAAUUUUAACCCAGCUGAUCUGACCUGAUUUAACUAUUUGGUAACUACUCCUACUCCUUCAACACAUGCUCAUGCAUGUACUUUUGCUCCACAGUGUGGCUGUUUGUUCAGAGAGGGUGUGUUUGAUUGUGUACAUGUGAAAACAAAAAUGUAUUCCUUUGUGCGCAUCUGCUCCUCUGCCAAUAACCCUGAUUUUUUUUUUCUUCCUUUCUAGCUAAAAAACCUGGUGAGGUCCGGAGGUUCGGCUCCCAGCUGGCACUUUCCUCUGAGCACGAUGCGCUGUCAUUGACGAGUCACAACACUCACAGGCUCAGGUAGCACACGACACAUUUAUGUAUAGAAACUACCACAGAUAUAUGUUCAGUCCUCAAAGCAGCUACAGCUAUCCUGUGCUUUCAGAUGAACUCCUCUCUGAGGCAGCUGUUUUUCUUCAUUUCACAAAUGGAUAAAAACGCAUCAUAUGAGCUCAGAAUACUAUGUAGAAUAUGUUAAUGGAGCAAGCAUGUAUUUGUUUGUGUUUGCAUCCUUGUUUCCCUGAGGAUCUAGUUAGAGUACAUGCACUUUGCAGAACAGUAAAGCCUCUGUCCCUUUGGCUGCUCUGGACCACACACACGGCUGGUGUGGCACAGCAGGGUCAGCCCCGUGCUUCCCUAGUGAGGUCAUCUAACGUGACAUCCACAUUCAGCAAUCUCAGUCUCUCUAAUCUCUGGCAUUACAGAGCUGGCUACUGCUGCUGCUGCUGUUGCUAUGACUGAGAGCAACCAUGUUUUCUAUCCGUCCCACUGCACAGAGCGCUUGUCUUCCCCUGGUGCUCAAAGAAAACACUUCACCUGCUAUAUUUUAUGUUUUGUGUUUUGUGCACAGUUUGUGUCAGACGUAUCCUCCUUCGGUCACUGGUUGUAUUAUUUUAUUCUAAAGAAAAGGGUCUUCACUUGCCUUUUUUUCUGACCCCUGCUCUUCUCUUCUCUUUUCCCCUGCAGACAAUAUGAGGGGACGGCUGAUGAAGGUGUGAUUGGAGCAGAGCUGCUCCUCCAGAAGCAGGAGGAGGAGGUGCAGCGGCUCCAGGCCCACCUGGUCAACAGGCUUUCAAGGGUCAACCUCUACCCCACAGACGACCCCCUAGCCCCACCUCGCACUUCCUUGCUCGACAUUCGAGACCCCCUCUACACCUCUUCUGUACCACUACGCAAACCCAAGGUUAUUGUUCGUUAAUUCAGUUAUUUGGGUCACAUUUAUCAUAUGCAUUAAACCUCAUUUAUCACAAUAGAGCAGCAAACUACAAUUAAAACACCCUCGACAUAUCCAACUCUAGAGAGUUUAAAAAGUAAGUGCUUUUAUGGGAACUCCCUAUAUCCAAAUCUCACUGUUUGUAGUACAAUAUUUGAUGAUGAAUGGAUUAAUUGUAUUACAUGAGCUCAUUGGUGACUCGGUUGUUGCUGCUUCGCUCCCUGGAUGUUCUGUAAAUACAAAACUGCUGACUGGGAGACAUAAUUGAUGUCAGCCUUCCCAUGAUGGUUACAAAUGUAUGGGACUGUGGGACCUGUGGGAUUUCUGGGGUAUGGAGUGAUUUAUGACAAACUGAAAACGUGUUCACACAAGUGGUACACAUAGCAACAAAUCUGCUGAUGCUGGCAGUUUACCGUAAAUGCUGUAUAUCAGUUAUACUCUGAGUAGGUGGAUUACACUCUUUCAGGCGAGACGUAUUCACUUAAGCGUGUUCAUGGUCAGAUUUAUGGAUGUGAUAGUGGAUUUGAGGGUUGAAAAUGGAAAGAAAAAAAAACAUCUUGAAGCAAAUAAUCCUGCUCUUCCACUUCUGACCCAAGAAUACAAACAAGGAAGUGUUAGCUACACGCAAAAAGUCCCAUGACCUGUUGUUACGUAAAUCUCAUGUUCAAACCAGCUAGAUUGGUGCUUUGAUUUAGAGUUUAAAUACAUAGGAAAUGAGGUUGUAAAAGUGGUGUGAGACUUGUUGUGUUUAUAUCAAUCUCAAAUCAUCACUUUCAACAAAUCAAGACUUCUUAGAUACAGACAGUCAUCAAAGCAGUGAAACGUCCCAGAUUGCUUGAUCCUUACAAGUAUACUCAACUUUAUUUGAAACAUGGAGCAAAGUUUUAAGAAGGGAAGUGACGUGAUCAGUUUUAUUAUUGCAGGAUUAAACUCUGACAGCAGCAGCGUACUUCAUAAACUGUAUUUUUUUGAGAGACCGGUGUAAAGGGAGAUACAGUAACACAUGAAUUAAAAUUUCCGCAUCUUUCUGGAGUAAAAAAGGUCUGAUUGGCAAUGGAUUUGGAUGAUAACAUGAAGUACUGAAAACCUUGUUAGAUGAGCAUUAAAAUUCAAAUUAGAACCUGAAACCUCUCCUAAAUUUGUUUAUAUUUGUUUGAUUCACUUGUUAAAACCUCCUGGCGUUUCAUUUAGUAAGACAGGACAGAGGAGAUUAAAGUCCACUUGAGUCAUGUGAUGUGACGGAUACAGUUGAGUGUUGUGGGUGUAUAAAAUAAUAACUUAUGCUGUGGUGUUUGCAAUAAUAUUUACAGGUGGAAGCAUGUACAAUGAAAAUAGACUAGGCCCAAGAAUGCCUCCCUGAGGAACACCAUAUUUAAAAUCGUGUACAGACAGAAACUGCCGAAGUAAAAGGUUUUCUCUAACACUUUUAUUCUCACUUGAACGGCAGAAUUUCCACGGGCCUGAAUUUGUGAAGAUGGCGAGUGAGCCCCCUGUCGCCUUAACUGUCCCGUCAUCAAUAAUGGUGAGGAUCUAAAAAAAAAUACUGCUUAUGAACCAAUGUAUCCAAACACUCCUUUUUCAUCUGUUUAUAACGCAUUCAAUUUUUCUUCCUUUAUUUGAAGAAACGUGGGAAAGUGGAGGAAGUGCAGAGGAAAGUUGGUGUGGUGCUGCUGAACAGCCAAAAGCUGGAGCUGAGCUGUGACAUCAAGGCAGUGUGUAAAGAUGUUCUUGAUAUGGUGGUCGCCCACAUCGGGCUAGUGGAGCACCAUCUCUUCAGCCUCGCAUACCUCAAAGGUAUUUUGUCACUUCUGUGUUUGUCUGCGGUCGGUUUAGUCCCACAUUUGGAUAAGAACGUGAUGUUACUUUGCUCAUGCAGCCACCUGAUCAAGUCACAGAUGCAACACUGACCUGAAAUAACUUCUCUCUCAGAUUGGAAAAGUUUUCAAGAAUCAAGUGUCAACUUUUAAAACGGCAAAAUGUUCGAUUACAUGUCAAGAAUGUGAGAUGAGAAUGAGUUAGUUUUCAUCGCGCAGGGUUAAGGGCAUUUCCAUAUAAACUCAUUUUCUACACCUACUGUCUCAUUAAAGAUGCAAAGCCUGUGUGUCCAGAAGCAGAUAGACAUAACUGAUUAAUCCCCUCUCGUUCUGACACCUCUCACCCACCCAAAUCCCCUCCCCGUAACAAUCCUGCACACAGAUAAUGAGUUUUUCUUCGUCGAACCUGAUGCCAAACUCACCAAAGUGGCCCCAGAGGGAUGGAAGGAGGAUCCCAAGAAGAAGAAAUUGGACGUGCCGUUUAAUCUUUUCUUACGCAUUAAAUUCUUCCUCGAUGACGUCAACCUCAUACAGUAAGUGUUGACUUCAGUUAUAAGUACCAUGCUCUUACAUCAGUAGCUGGUGUUUAUCUGUUUUAUCACCGUAGUUUAAUCCAAAAUAACUGCUGCAUAACAAAGGAAAGGGUUUUUAAACUUCACUGAUUUAUUUUUCAGGCACGCUAUGACCAAACAUCAGUACUACCUACAGCUGAGGAAGGACAUAUUGGAGGAAAGGACACGCUGCGACGCUGAGAAUGCCAUGCUGCUUGCCUCACUGGCCCUGCAGGCUGAAUUCAGCGACUACCAACCUGAGGUAUCAGUUUGCUUUGAUGUAGCCAUAGAAAUAGAUUUGUGAUCCUUUUAAAUAAAAACCUCAUCAGAAUCUGUCGACUAACACUCUGAAUGCCCGUGCCUCAGCUCCAUGGGAAGACUUAUUUCAGACUGGAGCACUACCUGCCUGCAUCAGUCUUGGAUAAAGUAAACCAGACGACCAUUAAAGAGGAGCUGCCGAAACUUCACAGCAACUAUUAUGGAGCCUCCGAAACAGAGGCGGAGUUUGAGUUUCUCAAGGUCAGUCGCAGUGGAGACCGAUGAGUCAUGUUGUUGGACAGAUUUAUCGCUACAUCGCUAAAAUGUCAAUUUUUCUUUUUGCAAGCACAAUCAGGACUUGAGUGCACAAGAGUUUAAAUGGUUGCUAAAGUCAAGCAUCUAUCAAUGUGAAUGAAGUGAGCCCAAUGUAAUAAUAUCCAGUGUUUAUUGUAAGAGGUCCGUGCUCUCUAGCUGGAUCACUGACCCAACAAAGAUCUCUUAUUUGCACGAGUUUAGUACUUGCCACCUAUUUUUGCAUCCCCAUCUCAUACAGCACUGUUUUUAUUGUUUUAAAGGUGAGCCAGAGGCUGAUAGAGUACGGUAUCCAUUUCCACCGGGUGCUUCCUGAGAAAAGGUCCCAGACGGGCAUCAUGCUGGGUGUCUUCUCUAAGGGCGUACUCAUCUUUGAGGUCCUCAACGGGAAUAGGACCCCGGUGUUGAGGUUCCCCUGGAGGGAGACGAAAAAGAUUUCCUUUGCGGUACGUCCCCAGCUGUGCCACACAGCAGCAACUGUUUUCUUUGAAUUAGUCCUUUUCGAUCCGUGCUUUGACUUCAAAUUUCCACUUUUAAUCUUGCAGAAAAAGAAGAUUUGCCUUCAGAACACAUCAGACGGGAUCAAGCACCAGUUUCAGACGGACAGCAACAAGACGUGUCAGUAUCUGCUACAGCUCUGCUCGGAUCAGCACAAGUUCCACCUGCAGAUGAAGGCACGCCAAAACAACCAGGAGCUGCAGGACCUCGGUAAGAGAGAGAGAGAGACGGGGUUUGACAUACUGCGUGAGAGCUAACAGAUGUGAAUGCUUCUUCACUAAAGAAAUACAUUAAUCUUGACGAAGAGGAAGGUUAACCAGUAUGAUGUAACCCAGUGACAGGAAAUAGCGAAGACAUUCUUGUAAACUACUCUGUUUCCAGUCCCUGUUGGAAGUGUUAGACCUUCCGCAUAUCACACCUGGAUAACAAUCUGAUGCUCACUUUUUUCAUGUUUUAAUCCAACAGUACAAAGAUUAAUCCUAAUUUCUAAACGUGUUGAUUGUAUCUGAUUAAAUUCCUUAGAUUUAACCAGAGUAUGAUCAACUAUCCUGCCCACGGUCUAACCUGUCAGUGUUGGAGUCCAGCUGCAAAAGCUAUCAGAGUCGAUCAGUUCAACAUGUGUUUUAAACUUGAAUGGUUCAUUUAUCCUUGUCAUGGUGCCUUGCUUGGUUUGAUCUGUAUACUUGGCUGAACGGCAGAACCGCUCAGUUCAGAUCACUCCUCACACUCCCAGCAGAUUGUUGACACAAAGUCCAGAACUGGGUUCAUAACUUGAUGGAUGCCAAGAGAACUUGUCAGACCAUUUACUCUGACGAUAAAGAUGGAUAUCUCCAGGAAAGAAAGAAAGGAAACCUCCUACCGGUUUUUCAGUCUAGAAAAUAAUUACUCAUGACUGCUGAGUCACUAACAGCAAUUUUUAUGUAUUUUUCACCUUUUUUGUUGCUGUGUUUAUGACAAAUAUGUCACAACUCUAACUUUUUGCAUGUUUCUGCUCGUUUCCAGAGAACAGCCCUAUAAGCAACUUGCAGUAUCCCUUUGACCCUCGAGGGGGGGACUCUGUGGGCAGGGCAGUGAGCUCAGGCAGCCUGGGCCCCAGCUUAUCCACCCGCUCCAAUCCAGACCACCUGAAGAGGAUCUCCUACUCAGAAGUGGCUUUAAACAAGACUCCGUCUGGCCCCAUAUUCGUCCAAGAUGAGCUUCACUUUCCAGGUUUCAAUCCAGCCGCCUCGACGGCCCUCUCCAACCCGCGGACAAUAAGCCGCUCGCACCACAACCUUACACAGAUGCCAGAGCCUCUGGAGCAGCGAGCGUCGGAUUCGUACCACAGCCAGUCGCACGUCAGGAUGAGUCAGCCACCACUGAACCAAAUGGCUUCUCACUUGCAGCUGCAGAGAGCCAGUUUAGACACAGACUCGCUCUCACAACAACAGGACAAGUGAGUAAAACCAAGUUAACUGUGCAGGAAUCAGAUCGUCCCUAAAUGUACCAAAAUAUCAGAGAGAAUAAAGCCAUAGUGGGUGUUGUAAAAGCAGACAUUUACUGCUUUCUUUAAUCACUAUACGACUCGUAAAAUUCAACAGCAUCUCUGAGGUUUAAUGGUUUUUAACUCCUUUAUUUAACCGUUUAAAGCCCUCUUUUGAGCACAGCUGAGGAAAGAGCAUCUUGUGUUAAUUAAUUGGCUCUUUGUAAUGUCUUCAGUCUCCAGACACACUGUAAGAUAGACUGAGGUUACCAAGGCAGAGCUAUAGUCCCAGUAACAAGUCCCCACUAACAUCACUCAGACACUUGGCGCUCCACCCUCCACCCUCUAAUUAAGUCUCUUGGGGUCUGGGUGUGUGGGUGCACAUGCGCCUUUGUGUCUGUGUGUGUCUGUGUUUGUGCGAGCGUGCCAAUCAGCGGGUCUUUAGAAGAGUCACAAACCCUCUCUUGUGUCAGCUGCUCCCUCUCGUGUCGGGAGAUAUGCACGGGUUCAAGACUAUCAGGGUGAAAAAGUUAAAAACAUGCUCAGAAUCGUUUGUAAGAAAAUCAAUUUUCUCAUUUUUUCCCUUUUUUUUCCAGGUCAUUCGGUUUAGCGUCCCACAGCAGCCCAGCCUGGAGUCACAGCAGGUCCAAAAAGGAGUCGGACUCUUCCUCCCUAGAGGACACUGGACAAGCUUAUGUAGUGGGUAAGGAUGCUACUGCUGAGAAGGAUGAUUGUGUGGAUAAGUUGUGUGGAGUUCCCAUCAUAAAUGUCCCCUGUUGGCUCUGCAAAUGGAACAUAGACUCUGUAGUUGCUGAUCAAAAUAGUAGUCAAACAUUUUAACAGUCGUCUGGAUUAAACUUGUGCACAGCUUCCAAUAAUUAGAUACAACAGUUAUCAGGAUGAAUCUUAAUUUUUAGAGUUUACAAUCAAUUAACGAAAACUUUAUAUAUUUUUUAGAGUUACGAUGAAUGCACUGGGCAAUUUAAGGUUUCAGCUUAAUGAUGGUUUGCCAGUAAAAGCAAGCAGUUUACAUCAUCACUCUGCAUAUUUGGUUUAUUGCUAACUGCUUUAAAGGGGCAUUUCCCUCAUUGAAGUUUGCUGUCACUUAAAAUACAUUUAAAGAGUAGAUGUUAAACAUUUGUUAUUAAUGUCAAUUCCUGUCUUGAUUCCUCUUAUCUCUUACAAAUUGCAGUUCUGCCAUCAGCGUUACAAGAAGUUCUACCAGUGGCGUUUCUUUAUACUCGCUAUCAAACCCCCUAACAGCAUUAUAUCUCUUUCUGAGCGUGUGAUUUUACAAAGCAAAUACACUGCCUUCUUGAACUGGCAAUAUUUAUAGCCCGUCUGUUGAAACCAAGAGAACAACCUUUUCAUCUUUUAUAGCACUUUCCCUCAAAAGCCAUAAAGCUCUUUUAUAUUUUUUUCAAUUGAUUUUUACAGACGUUUUCUUCAUUUGCAGAAGCAGAGCCUUUCUGACAUAAAACCAGUUAGUCUAAAUGAAGGAAGAAGACGACAUAAUGAACCACAACAAAAGCUCUUUUCACCAAAGUCGAUGCCUUUAGCGCAGUGGUUCUCAAGUCCAGUCCUUGAGCCCCCCCCGUCCUGCAUGUUUUGGAUGUUUCCCUGCUCCAACACACCUGAUUCAAAUGAUCAGCUCGUUAUUAAGAGCUUGAUAACGAGCUGAUCAUUUGAAUCAGGUGCUGCUUUAGCUUCACUUUUAAUGUUGUUUAUGUGAAAUGUUUGAGCUCACUUAAAACUGUCAGCUCAUACAGUGAGCAUUUUUAUUUUAUUUCCUGUAGUGUUGAAGAAUCAGUCAAGAAGUUUAAGUUACUAUGUUGAAGUUGUUGCAUAAUCACCGUCAAGCUGAUCUCUUGUGUUGUGUUACCAGGUGUCAGCAUGCACAGUUCCUCUGGAGCACCUUCGACCCCGGCCUCAGUCCACGGUAUAUAUCAAAAAUCAAUCGUUCGUUUUCUAGAUAUACAUUUUAAACACACACCCGUCCCACUAUGAAGGAAAUAAAGAAAAACCAGCACUUGUUUUGUAACAGACUUAAUCAUGCUCUGUAAUCUUUUACUGUCUGAGGCACAGCCAAGUAUGAAUAUAGAGCCUGUGUUCCAUAUCAGACUUAUAUAAUGCAGAAAUGAGUCUCUGUCCUCUGUCUGUGAAACUGGCCCCGGUCCCACCAUUUAAUAGCUUCAUGCUUUGCUCUGAACUCACGACCCUCCCUUUCAUCACAGCUUAACCCGUCUUUAUCUGAAGUAGGGGCCCUUCAGCAGCAAGCCUGCCUGGGCUGAUUAAUGGUAACAAAGUAGAUAUACGCUCUCAGACGGGCUUAAUUAAGACCCUAGUGAGGAGAAAAACAAAACUAAAAUUGGUACAGUGAUAUGCAUCAGUUAGAAAAGACAAAGCAAGUAGCAUGUACUCACAGUACUCUUCGUCGAACCCUGUGACUUUGUGUUGCAGAUUCACUCAUCAAAAAGCUCAGUGCUUUACCAUCUCCGGAGAGAGAAAUUACAACUGUGCACCUGAAGAAAGAUGUGAAAUACGGCCUGGGUAAGAGAGGAGAUGAAUUUCCCUGAAAUAACAACUCCAUUUCACACCGUCCCUGCUGCCAUUUCUCAGCUGUCACGGCUGACAAGAAUUAUUAAGUGCACCGGUGUUGCCCUGUUUUGUAUCUGAGUGUGUCCUCCUGUGAGUGUCUGUUUAUGUCUGUUUUUCCUCCAGGGUUUCAGGUCGUUGGAGGAGAGAACUCUGGUCGCAUGGACCUGGGCACCAUUAUUAGCUCCAUCACUCCCGGGGGUCCUGCUGAUCUUGACGGCCGCCUCAAGCCUGGUCAGAUUUUAUUCUUCUUAGAAUACGUGAUGUCUCAGUCUGCUGCCAGAAUGGUUCGCUGUUGUAAGUCUGGUCCCUCAUACGUGUCACUUUUUGUGUUCAUGCAGGUGACCGGCUGAUCUCAGUGAAUGAUGUGAACCUUCACGGGCUGCCUCACGCCGCCACAGUUGACAUCCUCCAAAAUGCUCCUGAUGAAGUUCAUCUGGUGGUGUCCCAGCCCAAAGAGCGGCUCUACCAAGGUAAAGAUAGGCUCAAGAGUGUGUUUUUUAAUGGAAAAUAGUCAAUUCUUGUCUUGUUUUUUCUAAUUUAGCAUUUAAUCUCCCUUAAUUUGACAGAAUCCUCUUCAGUUUACACCCCCUACGAAGCAAACUCUGCAUUAAAGGCCCUUAAUGCUGCACAGGGGCGAGAACUUGACUUUGACAGCUCUUCAGAGGAGAAGGUCAGAACAGUGAGCCCCGUCCCUCCUCUCCAAAGCGCCGGCACAUCGUCAUCCACCGGGCCCCCGGUCCAUCAGCUCAUCGUCCUCAAUCCACAGGACACAGGCAGCAGAAUGAACAGUGCAGCCAAAACCACCAAACCUGCCACAAUUGACAUUCACCAGUGCCUCGAGAGAGCUAAAUCUGUUCCCGCUGCUGCACCCAAAGCCCAGCAUCACAGACCAGAAGCCAACAACAUGAGUUUGGAUCCAGCUCCGCCAGCUCUGCCGCCCAAAACUAGAAAACCGAAAGUACUUGAAGCUCCUAAAUUUUCCGAGCAUUCAGGGGAUUCAGACAUGGAUGAGGAGACUUUUUCGAGUAGUCAAGAGAAACUGCGGGUGAAAAAGGUGCGGUCUUCGUGUUUAUGAAUGGGUUUGUCGCUUCUACACUGUGGCUUCUUUACUCAGAGGAUUUGGGAAUCAAAUCACUAAAAUAUAUAUUUUAAGAUAUCAGACAUCGACUUAAGUUCAUGAACCCGGAUGAGAAAACUUCUUCCACAAGCAAGCAUUACACGAAACGUCAGAUGCUUGACACAACUAACUGCCUAUAGUACAUAACCUUUGCCUAUCAUUGCAUUUACAAUGCCAAUGCAAGGCAGCAUGUUCCUGUCAGUGUAACCAAGUUCGGCUUCCUCACCCUCCCUUCAGCCCUUCUUCUCUCUCUGCAUGUCCCAGCUUGUGAUAAUUCAACUUAAUACCCUGUUCUCUGUUUGCAGGAAUACAUCAUGGAAAAUUUAAACGGUAAUGCCCCAGGGGUCAAUAGUCUCCGACCUGGAGAUCUAUUUGACGUUGAGCUGUCCAAAAAAGACAGCAGCCUGGGCAUAAGUGUCACGGUACUGUUCGGCAAGGUUUUCACCCUCUCUUUGUUUUGCCCCUUCCCCCCUCCUCAUCUCAUCACUGUUGUUCAUUUGUAUUUAUGUCGCUUGGGUUGGUUUGCUUUCAUCACGCUGCAUGCUGUCAGAUCUCUUGCGGGAGCAUUGGCUGCUUUUUCUUUUCUUGCAUGCUUUCCUUUUUUAAAAUCACCAUUAAAUUAAUUAACCCAGUGUGAUCAGGACCUCAUGAUGAGGACUGGUCAGAAUACCUCUCCAUGGUUUCCUCCAUGUUUGCAGCUGACUGUGAAGUGACUCACUAAUGAUUUCUCUCUUUGAUUAACACGGAAUAACAGCUAACUCAACCAUGUGUCUCGGAUCGGGGUUUGCUGUCAGUAUGACUGUUGAAAAUAAUCAGUGAUUUUGUGUUGUUUUAUAUUAGUGAUGGAAACUUUAACAGAACCACCAAAAUAACAACAAAAUCCACCUUCACCGUAAACUCAUUAUCAUGACCAUCAUCACCAAAUGGACACUGAAUAGAUGUUCACUCGUCUCUGAUUAUUUAGAUUUAAUCCUGUAGUGAUUUGGAGUUUAACAUCACAGUGUAGCAAUUCAUUUUCAGCUGAUUCAUACAUGUGAUUGAUAAAUGCUUCGUCUAACUUGUACUUGGACUAAAGAGAAAGGUCAACCAAACCCUGGUUUAGAUAUGAGGCUGUAGUGGACAUUGUGAAGUUGUUAACAAAUUUAGGUAAGUUAAAAAAAAGAUAUGUGACAUUAUCUCUUACUCCAGGGAAACUCGCAAAAUACCCCUCAUAUAAAUUCUACGAUCCACUUUGGUUGAUAUUUUCUUUUUAAUCUCAGAUAAAGUUUUUGGACCUACAGUUUAGACAAAGCAUUUGUACCAAUCACACUUAAAAUGGAAAAAAAAUCCCCUCCUGCCAUAGACCCCCAUUAAAAAAAAGAAAAAUCAACUUAAUUUCUACCGGCUUCUGAGACUAAAAGCUGUGAUCUUUUCUCUCAGGGGGGAGUCAACACAACCGUUCGACACGGAGGCAUCUACGUCAAAGCCGUCAUCCCGAAAGGAGCUGCUGAGCUGGAUGGAAGGAUACAGAAAGGUGAUGAAGGUUUUGAACAGAUUGUAUGAUUGUGUUUGUUUUACUUUUUAUGUCUGAACCUCUCUUUCCUCCGAUCAGGUGAUCGUGUUGUGGCAGUGAAUGGAAAAAGUCUAGAUGGAGCCACUCAUCAGCAGGCAGUAGAGGCUCUCAGAGACACAGGGCAGGUGAGGAAUGAUGUUAACCGUGAACACACUGCUGCCAAGCUAUUGGAUUGCUUCCUAUCUGCUCACCAAAAUCAAUUUUUUCAUUUUUUUUUAUUUCUUAGACGGUGCACUUGCUGCUCGAGAAGGGUCAUCCGCCUGCAGACAGCGUCCACGCUCCCCUCACACCUCAGCGCACUCCACCAGGUUCUGGGAAUGAGCGAGACCAGAGCCAGAACAAUGAGCAUCAACUUGGGGUCAGAGAGAGACCAGAGUACAGCUUUAUGACAGAAGGUGAGGAGGGACAACAAUGAGGGCUUCUUAUGUUGAACUAUAAAUUUAGCACAUACAUUGAUAUAGAUCUUUUUGACAUCAUUUGCACUUUUUCAGUUCAAGUGAGUCCAAGGUGAAAGUAAAAAAUAUUCAUGUAUUUAACAGAAACAUUAAUGACCGAAAUGCUGUUCAGGGAAAAAGCGAUUCGACACAUUUUUCUAUUUUAAAGUUUGACACAUAUCUCAUCUGUUAGCAUGGAGGAGGAUUUCUGACCUAUUCUGCAGCCAGCCAGUAGGGGGAGCUCCAAAUCUUUUGAGUUGUCAUGUUGUAUCUGUUUUUAGAGUAAAUGAACUAGGCCUGCAGUUAAAUACUCAAAAUUACUCUAACUUGCCAAACAAACAUUAUUGAUGCUUAACUCUGGGCUCUUCUUUUUGUCAGAAUGCUGAAACCUAAACCCUCAUCAGAGCUAACUCAUUAAGUUCAUGUUUAAAUACCGUUUUCUGGCUGUCGCAGAGCGCCUAUUUCAGCUGUGCCUGCAUGUCUGUGUCUCUUCAGAUAACGUGUUUGAGGUUUGCCUGCUGAAGAACACGUCUGGACUCGGGUUCAGUUUCAGUCGGGAGGAAAAUGUCCCAGACGAGGCGUACGGCACCAGCAUGGUACGGGUUAAGAAGCUGUUUCCUGGUCAACCGGCUGCAGAGAGCGGUCGCAUCCAAGUGGGUGACGUCAUCAUGCGGGUCAAUCAAACCCCCCUCAAAGGGCUCUCACAACAUGUAAGUGGGCUGGUUCCCCCUUUUAAACAAAUGAAACUGAGUCUGUUUGGUUGUGUCGUUAAUUCAUUUGUUCACAUUAGGAGGUGAUCUCAGCCUUGAGAGGAACAGGACAGGAGGUGACUUUGCUCCUCUGCAGACCUGAACAUGGGGUCCUUCCUGAAAUGGACACUUCGGCUUUGGUGAGUAAGCAAAAAAAAAGCUCUGUAUGUGUUUGAUAAACUGCAUUGUGGGUACUUUGAGUGGAUAAUGUUUUGAGAACUAAAUUGCGACUCAUUUCUCUCUAGACACCUAUGCCGUCUCCUCGGAAGGACCUGCUACCCCAGGCAGAGUCCAGCCUGAGCUCCAACAGAGCAGUCUCCCCUUCAGAUUCACAGGGUAAGAUGACGGUCGAAGGUGCUGUAGAGGAGGCGCUAGAGAGGCUGCGGUUUAAAACCCCUGCCCGGCACAACAGCUACAGCGACAGCACAGAGGGUGACGAGGAGGUUGAAGAAGCCUUCAGCCCGAGCAACGUGGAGCAGAGCAAGCAAAUGUGGGAGCGGAGCCUCUACCACACCCCUAGCAGCAACCUGGGACUGGGGCGCUACGACAGCACGGGUCAGCUGGAUGACAGCACCCACUCGGCUUUCUACUCCCCGAACCUGUCGAUGACCAGAUCUGACCUCAGCAAAAGGUGCACGAUCAGUGGAAUCAGUCAUACAAUACAUGUGAUACAUUUUUUAUAAUUUUCUGUUUGUUCCUGUUUGAUCAGAGGCCCCUCAUCCCCCUUCAUGGCUGAUCUGGAAUCAUCUCCUCAGCCUAUGGUCUCCUCCCCCUCUGCCCCAAGCCCAGACCCUCUCCCUCCUCCACUGCCCCUGCCACUAAACCUGACAGUGCCUGGCAACGGACAGGACAUAGAAGAAUUUGUGCCAGUGAGUACUAAAGACACAAAGUGCUCUGAAUAGAAAGACUGUGAUCUAAAAUGUCCCCAGUGAUGUAAAAACAGGAUAGGAAAUAUGAAAUAUUGGUUUGUCUACUUUUCUAACGAUGAUUUGUUUUGUUGAUAGGAUGUAGAGCUCAAAGUCUCCCUUUUGAAGUCAGAGAAAGGCAGCCUGGGCUUCACCCUCACCAAAGGAAAUGAUCAUGGCUGCUACAUCCACGACAUCGUCCAGGAUCCAGCCAAAGGAGAUGGAAGACUCAGGCCUGGAGAUCGAAUGAUUAUGGUAAAAAUUCACCCUUACCCUGCUGCAUAAAUUUUACCCCCCCAAAAAAUCGCUGUGUUGUAAAAAGUUUUCUUUUCUAGGAAAUAAUCAACAUUUGAGAGAGAGGCUAAUUUUCCCCCCUACAGAGAGUAAAAUACAAGAGGAGUGUUCCUCCUGUCUGAUCAUGAUCUAUGAGCUCAUUAGUCGAGUUUACAGACUGGAAGCAGAAGGAACCAGUUAGCACGGCUUUCACUCACGCUGGAGUGUUUGCAUUGAACAAAGUCUCGAAAUGUUUAUGUGAAACAUUUCGAGGUUCUGGUUUGCAGGUUUUUGUACUUUCACACCAGGUUUCAUGAUCCUGGUUCUUCAUUUAUCACAGUCAAUGAUGCAUGAGCCUUUUUUCCAUCUCCAGGUAAACAACACAGAUGUAAGCAAUAUGGGCCACACUGAGGUGGUCAAUCUUGUGCGUGCUGCCCCCCGCGUGGUUGACCUGGUUGUAGGAAGGGUCCUGGAGCCUCCCAAGCCCCCUAUAGAUGCCCAUCUGCUGCCUGACAUUUGUUUUAAGGGCAGCCAUGAACCACUGGGUAAGAAACACCCCAUACAUGGGCUUAAAAACCUCUUUUCUGUUCACUUAGAGCAGGGGUGUCAAACUCAACCACAGCAAGGGCUGUAAUCUGGAUUUAGAUCUAACCUGAGGGCCAAACGGGGUCAACAUUUCACCAAAACUGUCAACCUCCUUUUCAAAAAAUAUAUGUAACAAAAAUAGAUAAAAAAAGAUAAAAAGAAAAGUUUAAAGGCAAACUGACAUAGAAACCUUUUCUUUUAUUCUAUUUUUAUUUAUUAGUUCAAAAGAUUGUAGCAUGAUAUUAAAAAUAGAAAAAUAAUGCAUUUAAAGAGCAAAUACAUGAGAAGACUUUGAAAUCAAGUUUUAAAAGGUCAAAAUAUGACCUGAAUCUUAAGUAUAAAAAUGAAACAAGUCUGAAUACUGAGUUGAACAAAAUCAAAGCACGAAAUAAAAAAUCCAAUCGUGUUUGACUUGUAAUCUUGAAAUGCAAAAUUGAAAACAUGAACAAAUAUUUUUCCCCUACAUUCUUGACUAUUUAUUAAAUCCUUCUUACUCUUUAAUUUCCCAGAUUUUCAUUGUUUAUUAAGGACAUUUUAAAUAAUGGUGCUAAAGUUUAAAUUAUUAUCCUGGAGGAAAUCUGCAGACUUCAUACUGGUGGGCCAAUAAUAAUACAAAUAUGAUAUGAUCUUGUGGGUCAGAUAUAAUUGUUCCACGGGCCAGAUCUCAGUUUGACACCUGCGACUUAGAGGGGUUUCAUUUUGAUGAUUUCACUCCUUGUGGUUUCACCAGGUCUGGUGCUGGAUGGAGGCAGCGACAGUGUUUACAAUGUCUUGUUUGUGAAGGAAAUCCUGCCCGGUUCAUUGGCCUCUGAGGAGGGCAGCCUUAGACCACUUGAUCUAAUUCAUUACAUUAAUGGAGCUCCCACCCAGGACCUGACGCUCAGCGAGAGCACCAGACUGUUAGAGCUCUCCCUCGAUGAUCUCACUCUCAAGGCCACCAGGUAGUUAAAAAAAAAAGUAUUUUCAGUGUUUGUGUUGCUUAAAUUGUUUUUUAAUUUUUGUACGUGGAGUAAUAACAACUGAAGUCUUUCUUCUUCUGGAUUAAAGGGAUGGAAAACCGGUGUUUCCUGGACAGAAAACUGUCUCUUUUCUUAACAACAACAUAAAUCCCAAGGUUUCAUCAAGUAUUAACGGUAGGCUGCUAAACUGAAUGGUGAGACCCAUGCAAAUAUAAAUCAGGUCGAAUCUGAUAACCUUUCUUUUUCUCUUGAAGGGUUCCUGAUUGGGGAAGAUACUAGCGAUACAGAGGGUCUAGCAGCCCUUUGCCCUAUAGAGGUAUUUUCCAUGUCUGGUAGCUCAAUUUUCUUUGCUAGUGUCGUAGUUACCGCAUUACCUAACAGUUAUCGACGUGUGUUUUGAAUCCUGGAAAAAUGGAUGUCUAUUUCUGAUCAUGCAGGAGGACAUUAUAAAUCUUGAUCUGGAAAAGCCACAUGCAGGAGGUCUGGGUUUCUCUGUGAUCGGAGGGGAAAGAGGGAUAUUUGUCAAGUCCAUCACACCAGGAGGGAUCGCAGAAGCCUCAGGCAAACUGCAAGUGGGAGACAGGCUGCUGAAAGUGAGUGAUGUUUGACAUUUACAGCUCAGACUUUUAUCCCCUAUGGACAAAAUGGUCUUGUUUGGAUUCAUACAAAUCUUCCUUUUCAAAAUGUAGGAAAUUAACCUCCUCAUAACUACAUAAGAUAAGACUUUCUCUGAUCCUUUUAUAGAUGUAUCUUUAAUCUUUAAUCUGUACAACUCCCAGCACUUCCAGUUUUGAUUUGAUCUGUUUUUUUUUUUGUCUUGCAGGUGAAUGAAGAUCUAAUGACAGGCGUUUCCCACACCAAAGCCGUCACUACCAUCCGUAAAGCUAAAGGCCUGGUACACCUCGUGGUUUCUAGACCCCCAGACCAGAACCCAAACACAUACCUGGCUUACCUGCCCAUCAACUCUGACAAAUGCAAUGGAAACACGGGUACAAGCACAGACCUGAAACACCCACCUUUCCCCUUGAUUGUUUAAAUUCUGGUUUGUAUGUUUAAGUUCACCUUAUCUCUGACAAACAGCCUCACAUGUUUCCUUCUUUCUUCUGCAGAUCUCAGUGACGACAGCGGAGUGAAAACGAAGUUCUUAGUUCCCAGGGAUGAGCAGAAAUCUAGCAGCUUCCCCCCAAUACCACCAAUAGGUGAUGAGACAGGCCAAAGUCUUUGAAGCACAAUUUUGAUUUGACUUCGUUCUUGAUCUGAUAUUAACUUUCUCGCACCCUCAUGCUCCACAGACUAUGAAGAGGAUCUCCUAGAGCAGAAAAGACUGACGCAGCACAACGCGGAGCUUUCAGAGGACACCGACUGUGACGGCUCUUCUUUACCCGAUGACUCGCCUGAGGUUCACAAUAAAACCAAAUUACUUACAAAUUAAAUCCACAAGAAUUUAGGAAUCAUUGAAAAUACGAUCUGCUUUUGUCGGGAUUUUAACAUAAUUUAUUUAUGAUUCUCAAACACCAGAGUUCUCGGAAAGUGGAAUGGCAAGAGGAGAGUGUUGACGAUCCCCGGAGUGAAAAGUAUGAUGUUAGCUUAUUGGAUUUACAACUGCUUCAAUCACAUCUCCCUUCUCCAUCUCAUCUGACUGUUUAUGUUUUCAAAUAAAAAGCUAUUUGCAGAUGAGCGCGGGACAGCAAGACGAAGAUGAGCUCACAUGGGGGAGUGAUGAGCUGCCGAUCGAGAACAUGAACUCCAAAUCAAGAGAUGGUAAGACUGAAAUCCUGCGAGAAAUAUGAAGCAGCGUCAAGCUAACAGAUACUAGAUCGGAGCCCACCCCUGCUCACCCCUUUUGUCAGUGAGCAACAGUGAUUUUACACUGAUUCAAACAUAUUCAUCAUUAUUGUAAUCCAUAUCUUCCAUCCCUUUCCUGCCAAAUACUGUUUAUUUAGCACACAGAACCCUUAAACAAUUAUAAACUAAAUAUUUACUAUAUGUGUUUGAGCUGUUGAAACUGUUUUCUUCCAGACGGACCAAUCAUCACAGAGGAUGAGCUCACAUCUUUGCCCCUGGUCAAAGUUGUCCCUGAUGGUCAGUACACGGGACCAAAGCUCAACACCGUGGUCCGUAUGAUGAGGGGCCUUCUGGAGCAGAAAGUCCCCCUGCAGGAGUUUGAAGUAAGAACCUGCUUCGUAUUCAAUGUCUAAAAAAAAAAUUCCCUUCAUCUGUUUUGACAUCAACAUUUGAUUUUCCUCUUGGGCAGAAUCUACAGAACCUCCAGCCGCUGGAUGACUGUUUGAUAGGUCAGACCAAGGAGAACAAGAAGAAGAAUCGCUACAAGAAUAUCGUCCCUUGUAAGAAAAGUCAUGUCUUGGCUAUAAGAAAUCAUAAAAUAUAAAGUUGGACAUUUUUUUCACAUAUGACUAUGUUUUCCAGUUGAUACAACUCGGGUCGUGUUGGGAACAGACGGAGGUUACAUCAAUGCCAACUUUAUUAAGAUGCCCGUAAAGGACGAGAGCUACAUGUACAUCGCCUGUCAAGGUCCCUUACCCACAACUCUGGGGGACUUCUGGCAAAUGGUCUGGGAGCAGAAGUCGAAUGUGAUCGCAAUGAUGACGCAGGAAGUGGAGGGAGGGAAAGUGAAGUGUCAGCGGUACUGGCCGGACACGCCAAGGACGGCUGAGAUGGUGGACGACAGGCUGCAGAUUACACUACUCAAAGACCAAUAUUUGGACAACUUCGUCAUCAGACUCAUUGAGGUCAAAGAUGUCCUGGUGAGUCCGUAUACUGCUUUGUUGUGUUUUUUUUUUUUUAGUUUUAAUCAGUCCUCUUUUUAAAGUGAGAGUUUCUAUCUCCACAGACCAAUGAGACCCAGUGUGUGACUCAUCUGAACUACACGGGGUGGCCUGAUCACGGGACUCCCUCACAACCAGAGCAGCUGCUCACAUUUAUCUCCUACAUGAGACAUGUUCAUAGAUCAGGACCCAUCAUCACACACUGCAGUGCAGGCAUCGGACGAUCAGGGACCCUCAUCUGUAUCGAUGUGGUCCUGGGUCUCAUCAGUAAAGAUGCUGAUGUAAGUAAUCCAUCUUCUUUUCUUUUAAAUCAUGUUAUUUUUUUGGCAGGAGGUUGUAUUUUCAUUUUUUGCACAUGCUCUGUAUGAUCACAAUCUAACAGACAUUGUUUUAUAGUUUGAUAUUUCAGAUGUUGUACGAAACAUGAGGCUUCAGAGACAGGGAAUGGUCCAAACCGAGGUGGGUUUCAGGUUUUCCUCUGAGUAUUUAGUACUGGUAGAUUAAUUAUUUCUCACAUUUAUCCGGUUAAAUUGAUAAAAGGAUGAUAAUUGUUAUAAUUAAUGUAACAGACAGCCUUGAUUUUUACUGAUUUAAGCAUUGCUACCUGGAUCAGUCAGUACCACCUAAAUAUGCAGAGCACGAGUAUUAAGUCCAAAUGAUACACAUCCUUACCGCAAACUUAAAGCUGUUUUGUUGAUUCUUCAUUUUUACAUUUUCUAACACAUUUUCUCCCAUUUGUUUCUACAGGACCAGUAUAUUUUCUGCUAUCAAGUGAUCCUCUAUGUCCUCAGAUGCCUUCAAGCAGAAGAAAACAUCUCAGGAUAGCAGAAACCACAUACAUUUGUCAUAGCCGCGUAGAGUGACUGUUUCACAGGAACAAAACAAAAAUGGAGGAGAGCUAACAUGGGCAAACAUUGCCAAAUUACACUACAUGUUUUUUUUUUUUUUUUAAAUGCCUUAAAAUAUACAAUUUCCUUGAGAGUCAGUCCUUUUAAAGAAGUCUAUAUUUUUAUGUUUGCUUUUAAGUUCUCUAUCUUUGGCUGCUACUCCCUUUCAAUGCAUUUAUGAGAACUGCUGAUUGUAUUUCUUAUCAUCACCCACAAGUGGACACAAAUGAGUUUCCCCCCCUAAGAUUCUUGGAUAUUUUAAAAAUAAUUAUGAAAGUGAUCAAUGAGUUCAUAUUUUAUGUGGAACAAAAUUGUACCUGUGUAUUUUGAAUCCUAUUUUGAUGCUGGAACAUGCCUUGACAGAAUACUAUGUCAGUAUUUGCUUUGUAAAUCUAUUAUACAGUAAUUGCUUACUGCCUGAGGUAAAUGAUGAAAUUAAAAGUGUACAUAUUCAUCUCCUGAAGAUUAAACUGGAUACAUUUUAAAUGUCA